CUUACUCCGAGUGUCCCUCAUAGAGUUUCAGUGUCCCAUUUCAGAGUGACGCCUUUCCCCACUAACACCUGCAAAUGGCUUUCCCAAGCUGGCUACUUUUCUCCUUCGUCCUUCCCUCCUUUCUACAAGCACAGGAUCAGCCUGCUCACCGCAGGUUUGAGUACAAGUACAGCUUCAAGGGACCUCAUGUCACUCUCCCUGAUGGAACCGUGCCCUUCUGGGACUUAUAUGGAGGUAACGAACCCCUUGGUUCUCUUUAAAUACCAUAUUGUAAUAUCUAAGUAUCAUGCUCCCUGGUUUACAACAUAUAGUGCCUGGAUUAAUCAACACAGUAAAGGAGGAGACAUUAUUUAAAAGAAGAAAAACUACCACAACAAGAGGACAUAGUCUUAAAUUAGAGGGACAAAGGUUUAAAAAUAAUAUCAGGAAGUAUUACUUUACUGAGAGGGUAGUGGAUGCAUGGAAUAGCCUUCCAGCUGAAGUGGUAGAGGUUAACACAGUAAAGGAGUUUAAGCAUGCGUGGGAUAAGCAUAAGGCUAUCCUAACUAUAAGAUAAGGCUAGGGACUAAUGAAAGUAUUUAGAAAAUUGGGCAGACUAGAUGGGCCGAAUGGUUCUUAUCUGCCGUCACAGUCUAUGUUUCUAUGAUUACAACUCCCUUGUCUAAACAGCCUGAGUUACAGAGUCAUAGAAAAACGGCAGGCUGAAAAGUUCUUAAUAUAUCAUUUUCUUAUCAUGCUUUGUUGUAAAAGAGUUAAUAGUAAAUCUAGUGUUAAAAAAAUUAAGAUGUUCAUUCGCAAUCGCCGUCAUUUCUUUUAGCUUCGACUUUUCUUGAAAAUUGAAAAUCCUAAAUAAAAAGAAAUUCUUGUAAUUACUAUAAAUCUUAAAUUGUAUACAGUUUGUUCUAUAAAUUGGAACAUACAUUUAAAAAAAUAAGGAAGCUUUUUUUUUUUUUCUUCAGGCAAUCCUGAGUCACUGUCCAAAAUUCUGAAAUUCCGCUACAAUAUUUAGUUGUGAUUUUUAAACCAAUUAACAAAAUUGGAGUGCAAUGGGAAUAUUAUAUUUGUGAAAUUUCCUACGUAAUUUCGAUGCUCUGGUUAGAAAUGAACCCGAGCAUGUGACCUAUACUUAAUUUUACAGAAGAGAGAGUCUCGCAGAAACCUGCUUGCUUUGAAUUGGUUAAUUUGUGGGGACAUGUUUACAGCGGCUUCAUGCCAAACUGUAGAAUGUGUAACAGCUGAAUAUCAAACUGCAAAUCUAAAAAAAUCUGUGAUAUGAGCAAAAUGGGAAUUCAUAACUGCUGGGUGUAUAAUUAAGGUCUAUGAAAAAUGUAACACAGACGCAGUUAUAUGUUGCUUUUGGUGCCUUUUAACUUAAAUACUAGCUUGAUAUUUCGAUAUUCUUCUGAUAAAAGACCCUUUUAAUAUUUGAAAAGACCUAAAUAAAAUCUCAGAGGCAGCGUGGUGUGGUGUUGGCCAAAGUUUUAUUUUCUUUAUAUUUUUCAAAAAACUUUAUUUGUAAUCAAAAAGAAAGAGCAGUAAAAAAAAAAAAAAAGACAUCUUCAAAAUAUGCAUAACGUAAAAAGGGAAACCAGCGAAAAAUAAAUCCAAAACAUCCAGUAUUACUUGAAAGAGAAAGUGUCACGCUCCCUUGUGCACAUAAUACAUGAUUAAAUUAAAAAUACAUAUUUAAGAACAAUAAAUCAGAAUCAAAUAUAUUGUCAAGUAGGCCGGGAAGCAAAAACAUAUAAUGAAUUGAGCUAGUAUAAAUGGAAAAGAUAUACAGAAAACACAUUUUUCUGACAAAAAUCAAAACAUAGAAACAUAGAAUGUGACGGCAGAUAAGAACCAUUUGGCCCAUCUAGUCUGCCCAGUGUUCUAAAUACUUUCAUUAGUCCCUGGCCUUAUCUUAUAGUUAGGAUAGCCUUAUGCCUAUCCCACGCAUGCUUAAACUCCUUUACUGUGUUAACCUCUACCACUUCAGCGAUUAGGGGCAUGUCCCCUAAACAAAGUUAAAACUACUAGUGACUGGGCAGCUAAUGUACAUGGAACCAAAAUUAUAGUAAAAACGUUAAUGUUGCAAUAUGAAAACGUAGCUAUUUAGAUCUAAAUAGCUACUUUUUACACAUACUCUUACCGUACUCUUUACACUUUCUACAUUUAUAUCCUGUUUUAAAUGACAGCAAGCAGCCAGUGGCUGCUUGCUGUCGUAAAACUAAAUAUAUAUCAGUAUGAGGGUCACUAUGACCCCCAUAUUGAUAAAAGGGAGGUUAAAGCCUCCUGCAUGCUGUGAGUAGGGGCCUGUCUCCUAAAAAGCGAGCAGCCAGUGGCUGCUUGCUGUCAUUUAAAACAUACCAGUGACUGGGCAGCUAUUGCAAAAUGUCCUUUAUUGACGGAUAGUGAAUGCUUGGUCAUAUGAAGCCAUUUAUUAUCACAUAGUUGUUUGGCUCCUUUUUAAAUAAUAAUGAUAACAGAAAUCACCCAAAUGGCCUGAAUCAAAAGUGUACAUGUUUGGCCUUGUUACAGACACAGAAGGUGGCAUACAGGUUAAAAUGACAAUUAAAGGUUAAUUUCCCACACCUGUGGCUUUAUAAAUUGCAAUUGGUGUCUGUGUAUAAAUAGCCAAUGAGUUUGUUAGCUCUCUCACGUGGAUGCACUGAGCCAUGGGGAGCAGAAAAGAACUGUCAAAAAUCUGUGUAACAAGGUAAUGGAGCUUUAUAAAGAUGGAAAAGGGUAUAAAAAGAUAUCCAAAGCCUUAAAAAUGCCAGUCAGUACUGUUCUAUCACUUAUUAAGAAGUGGAAAAUUUGGGGACCUCUUUAUACCAAGCCAAGGUCAGGUCGACAAAGAAAGAUUUCAGCCACAACUGCCAGAAGAAUUGUUUGGGAUACAAAGAAAAACCCACAGGUAACCUCAGGAGACAUACAGGCUGCUCUGGAAAAAGACGGUGUGGUUGUUUCAAGGAGCACAAUACGACAAUACUUGAACAAAAAUGUGCUGCAUGGUCGAGUUGCCUGAAAGAAGCCUUUACUGCCCCAAUGCCACAAAAUAACCAAGUUACAAUAUGCCCGAUGACACCUUGACAUGCCUCACAGCUUCUGGCACUCUGUAAUUUGGAGUAACGAGUCCAAAAUAGAGCUUUAUGGUCAAAACCAUAAGCCCUAUGUUUGGAGAGGGGUCAACAAGGCCCAUAGUGAAAAAAAUACCAUCCCUACUGUGAAGCAUGGUGGUGGCUUACUGAUGUUUUUAUUGGGGGGGAGGGGUGAACUCUAAAGGCACAGGGAAUCUUGUGAAUUGAUGGCAAGAUGAAUGCAGCAUAUUAUCAGAAAAUACUGGCAGAGAAUUUGGAUUCUUCUGCACGAAGGCUGCAUAUGGGACGUUCUUGGACUUUCUGGCAUGACAAUGACCCUAAGCACAAGGCCAAGUUGACCCUCCAGUGGUUACAGCAGAACAAGGUGAAGGUUCUGGAGUGGCCAUCACAGUCUCCUGACCUUAACCCCUUAAGGACAGAUGACGGAAAUAUUCCGUCAUGAUUCCCUUUUAUUCCAGAAGUCGUGUCCUUAAGGGGUUAAUAUCAUCAAGUCACUCCAGGGAGAUCUCAAACGUGCGGUUCAUGCAAGAUGACCCAAGACUUUGCAUGAAGUGGAGGCAUUUUGCCAAGACCAAUGGGCCGCUGUACCACCUGCAGGAAUAAGGGGACUCACAGACAACUAUUACAAAUAACUGCACGCUGUCAUUGAUGCUAAAGGGGACAAUACACUGCAUUAGGAAGUAAGGGUAUGCAGAAUUUUGAACAGGGGUCAUUUCAUUUUUUUCUUUGUUGCCAUGUUUUGUUUUUUGAUUGUGCCAUUUUGUUACAACCUACAGUUUAAUAUGAAUCCCAUAAGAAAAAAAAGAAAUAUGUUUUGCCUGCUCACUUAUGUUUUCUUUAAAAAUGGUACCUAUAUUACCAAUUCUCCAAGGGUAUCCAAACUUUUGAGCACAGCUAUAUAUAAACAUAUAUAUAGCUAUAAUAUAUAUAUGUAUAUGUGUGUGUGUGUGUAUAUAUAUAUAUAUAUAAUUUGUUUACAUACCUAACCCACCACUUUACUCUAUUGAAGUGAGGGGUAAAAGCUAUAGUAAUUCCUAACUGGAGCUUAGGAAACCAAUAAUUCCUUAAUGAUUAUCUCCUAGGUUUUUAGAGUAACCUUAAACAGAUCAUGGGAUAUUAAUUUUGGAAAUUCACACAAGUCCUUAUCAUGUAAUAUUUACCUGCAGAUGCCAUUCCUGGGCCAGAUGAGGUCCGUCUUGUCCCAUCUCUGAAACAUCACAAAGGAUCAAUGUGGACCCAACUUAAUGCGUCUUUUCCACACUGGGAGGUGGAUGUGUCAUUAAAUAUUGUGGGACGUACACGAGAGGGUGCGGACGGACUGGUGAGAUAUGAGGAUAUAACAUUCUGGGUCAUUAAAUAAAUCUUGUUAGUUUAAUUCACCGGGACCUUUCUACAUUUUUGCUUUUCCGUAGUGUAGUAUAGUGGCUUCUUUCUCUUUGUUAAAUAAUCUUUACUGACCCUUUUUACUUACAUGGGUACACAUUUUAUUCUAAAACACUGCCCCUCUUUUAGACAACUUAAGGGAACACUCUGAGCACCAUAAUUACUUCAUCGAAAUUAUGUUGUUAUGGUGCCAGAAGGUCCCUGGAACUUCCUCACCGUAGGGGUUAAGCCAUUCACAUAAAGUCAUUUUUUUAUGAAUGAACUAGUAAUUGACUAUUGGCUUAGAGCAAAUCAGCAGUGCCCCUGGCCAGCGGAAGUCUGUGAUUCCUCUAGCAGAAUUUCUAAAACGUGGAUGUGGAACAGAGCCAGAGUGAUAACUUUGAGGUCAAACUGUUCAUUAAGGGACCUCCUGGCACCAUAACAGUUUCAUUAUAAUUAAGUUCCUUUAAUGAUAUGCAAGCUUUUAGGCAGAUGAAUUUAUGAUUAUACAAACCAGAUGAUGUAAAUUAAAAUGUAUCUUAUUAAAAAUUAUGUCUAAAUAGAAUAUAUUUUUCAACAUCCAAAACUUUCAUCACAAAAUAAUAUGUUCCAUAAAAUUUAUCAAGAGCUGCAAUUAUUUUAAUGAUAUUGUCAUAUUCUGCCUCCCCCAGGCCAUUUGGUACACAAGGGAACCAGGACAGACAGGUACGGUUUAUGGCUCCGCUGACCAAUGGGAUGGAGUAGGAGUUAUAUUUGAUACCUUCGAUAAUGAUUUUAAGGUGAGACUAUGGAUCUGUGACUAUAAAGUCAGUUAAAGUUUAAAAAAUUCUACAUUUUGCUUCACAUCCUAGCAAAUAUCAGAGAGUUGCAUACCUGUACUUAACUCCUUGAGUACACCUAAAUGUAUGUAUACAAAAUUACCAGAUAUAUUACUAAUUUCAUGAUGUAAAGUCAUGAUUUUAUUAAGGACACGGAGGCGAGUAUUAUGCUUAUCUCUUUCUUUAUUCCUCAGCAGCCAAGAAAGGAUACUUAAACAUUCAAAGAAAAAGUAUAUAACAUGUACUCCAAAGGGUUAACUACAGUAAAACAUGGUAUCCAAUGAGAUUGUUCCUAGCCCCAUAAUGUCCCAUGUGACCUUAAGCCACUCCUCUUUCUUUGCUGCUGCCUCCUCAGCUAAGUACAAUUUUACAUACCCUCUGUAUAACUGUAUUGCCAUGGAUGUAAAAAAACAGAUGUCCAUGUCUUUUAAUAAAAUCAGCACAUUUCUAGGAUAGUACACUCUAGUCUAAAAGCUGACCAGAGAUCACUUUUUCCCGAGUUACUAAUUGAAAUUGUAUACACCUAGUGUGCAUCUUCUAAAAGUGUCCAUUAAGGAACUCUAUUGUGUUAGGAAUACAAAGCUGUAUUCCUAACACUAUAGUGCGCCUCUGCCCCCACAGCGCCUUAUUGCUCCCUCCCCAUGCAGCAGUCAUCGAUGGUGGAACAGAUGUUCUAAUGAAGAGCCUUACAAUAGCUUAUUAUACACAAUCAUACACAGUCAUAUUUUACCAGAUGUCAAUGAAAUCACGAUAUAAAAUAAAUUACUGAUGACUGUGAUAGUUACAUCUGCCAGGGAUGUGACCAUCUCCUCACUGUUAUGUGGCUCUGUAGAGGCUACCUGUAAGCUGGUCAGUUUACAUUAACACUAGCAGACCCUAUAUAAAGUUUUAAAACAUAUAUAUUUUCUUAUAUUAAAGAAGCUAAUAUGUAUUUCAUUUUGUUUUUCCAGGGGAAUAACCCAGCAAUAUUAAUCAUAGGGAACAAUGGAAAACUCAAUUAUGACUAUUCACAGUAUGUACCCAAUACUUAUGUAACUUGUUUGUAUAGUAUCUAUGAAAUAAUUGAUAGCUCUUUGCAUACAUACUUGUUAUCAUACACUGAUCAGCCACAAAAUUAAAACAAUCUGCUAUUAUUAUCUAUGUCCCCAUUGUGCUGCCCAAACAGCUCUGAUGCGUCGAGGCAUGGACUCCACAAGACCUCUGACCAUGUCCUGUGCUACCUGGCACCAACACAUUAGUAGCAGAUCCUUUAAGUCCUGCAAGUUGCAAGGUGGGGCCUUCAUGGAUCAGAUAUGUUUUUCCAGUAAAUCCCACAAAUGCUCAAUUGGAUUGAGAUCUAGGGAAUCUGAAGGCGCACCUUGAACUCUUUGUCUAGUUCAUCAAACCAUCGAUGAGCAUUAUCUUGCUCAAAUGCCGUGAAGGGCUGUAUGUGAUCUGCAACAAUCUCUAGGUAGGUGGUACAGGUUAAAGGGUCAUCCACAUGAAUGCCAGGACCCAAGGUUUCCCAGCAGAACAUUGCCCAGAGCACAACACUGCUUUGCUGGCCUACCUUCUUCUUAUAGUGCAUCCUGCUGUCAUCUCUUCCCCAGGUAAACAACUCACACACACUAGCAAUCCACCUGAUCUAAAAGAAAAUGUGAUUCAUCAGACCAGGCAACCUUCUUCCAUUGCUCCAUGGUCCAGUUCUGACACUCACAUCCCAUUUGAACGCACUUUCGUGGGUGAUAUGGGUCAUCAUUGGCACUCUGACCAGUAUGCGGCUAUGCAGCAAACUGCGUUGCAUUGUGUGUUAUAACACCUUUCUACCAUAGCAAGCAUUAAGUUUGUCAGCAAUUUGAGACACAGUAGCUCUUCUGUAUGGUUGGACAAGACAGGCUAGCCUUCACUCCACACCUUCAUCCAUGAGCCUUGGGUGCCCAUAACCCUGACGCUGGCUCACCGGUUGUCCUUAUUUGAAACUCUUUAGUAGGAUCAAUACCUAAAGGUGGGUAGUGAGUAGAGGUCAUUUAUAAGUGCAAUAUCCUGGAAAUCAAGCACACACAAUCUGACACACAUUUUAUGUCGGAUUGUGUGUGUGAUUUCCGGGAUAUUACACACGGUGUGCGGGUGUCCGGGAACUUUAUUAAACAUGCAGGAGUCUCCCGGGAGAUCUACUGGGAAACUUGGGAUGUCUCACUAACCACUGCAUACCAGGAGCACACCUCAAGACUUGUCGUGUUGGAGAUGCUCUGACCCAGUGGUCUAGACAUCACUAUUUAACCUUGGCAAAGCCACUCAGAUCUUUUGCUUGCCCAUAUUCCCUGCUUCCAACACAUGAAAUUCAAGAACUGACUGUUCACUUGCUGCCUAUAUCCCACCCCUUGAUAUGUGCCACUGUAACAAUAUAUUCAAUGUUAUUUACUUCACCUGCCAGUGAUUUUAAUGUUGUUGCUAAUCAGUGUAGAGCUGCACAUUAAUUUUAUUUUUUCAGGGGUUGGAUAUGUUUAUCCAGUGUAAACUUUCAGCUCCCAAAUGACAUGACUAACUUACCUCGCUCCUGUAGGCCCUUGCUUUUGGAUCUCCUAGCAGAAGAACCUAGUUAGUUUAGCUGUGUUAAGAAGGACCAUGCCGGGCCACUCUCAUUGGCUGACAGCAUCACUUGAAUGAUCUCAGCCUAUGAGUCCUGUAUAGGUAUUGCUUAGCUUGCAGAGAGACAUCUGGCUUUUUCUGCAGGAGAAGAAUUAAUGCAGCGUGGGUGCCUGGUGGUGGCUAGCCACCAUAACCAUUAGAACAGACUGCUUGGCUUAUGGUUAUGGAAAAUCUGUUUUUUUUCAGAUUUUAGUGUCCACUGAAUUACAGGAUUUUCCCUCCACAUUUGGCAGGCUAUUGUAGAAAGUUAGCAACGGUUUCUAUACUAGUAUACUACAGGACAUGUGUUUAUGGUGUAUGAUGGACUCUCUCAUAGAAUCCAAUAGAAUACUGUCCGGCAUCUGUUCUCUACUGAUCCAUCCACUUAUCUGACACCACAAUGGGUUGCUUGAAGGUCUACUGCCAAGUGUAGGACCCUGACCAAUUGCAGAUCACUUGAGACUGUGGUAGAGCUGAGAUCAGCUGACAAUAUAGUGACCAUUUAUAUCUCUCUAAAGUCCAUUCUCCUCCCUCCAAAGUCCAUUCUCGUCCCUCCACCAACCUAGUCACUUUACAUUCCGUCAGCAUUCUAGAAAUUAAAAAUAUAAUCAAGAGUUAGUCAGCGGUUAGAACCCUUUUGUUGUGCAAAACAUCAUAGGAGUCAUAGCUUUACUAUAUGUAUAGUAUACAAGCUAGAAAGGAUAACCCACACUCACGGUCUACAAACUUUGUGCUAAAUAGCGUCAAUGUUUCAGUCCCCAGUCGGGACUCAAAGCAAUAUAUAAAGAAAUUGGAUGAGGUUGAUAAUCCAGCGCCAGCUAAAAUGGUUUAACCCAUCCAUAUGAGAGGCAUUGCAAUAUAUAAAGUUACUAACAAAUCAUUACAUAUUCGGACUGACCGGAACAUGUAGACAUGCUAUGUAGUUGUAUUAUGGUAACAGUAUGACUUCAUGAGGUUUAUAGAGUCUGGUAGAUGGGCUCUGGGUGUUAAUACAAUGAUUUUCAGGAAUAUAUGGGGUAAAAAGUAACAGUUCUGAACAGUAAUCUGCAAUGAGGCGACACAAUUUAAGCAGGAAUCCUGCAGACUAGAUAGACCAGGUGGUUCAAUGUCCCAUUAAUUCUAUCUUUUUAUGUUUCCUAUUCUCUCCCUAGAGAGAAACAUGCGCCAUAUGGCUGGCCCCUCCCCUGUCCCCUCCACUCCUACUCACAAUAUCCCCACGCACAUAUGUGCAGAACAGACUCCCCGCUACUGCCUGCUAUUAAUGCUUGCUUAAAAUCCCUGCGUUAACCCUUGCACGUGAAUCUGUCUCUCUCGUAACUUCCUCACUGAAAACUGAUAUAUACAAACCUAAAUAUGUGCAUAUAUUAAAUAUAUAUAUAUAUAGAGCUAUAAAUUGGUCCCUCCAAAGGAGGCUGUGUGAAUUAUUGCUGGAUAACCAUUCACUAGAGAUGUUUGAAAUGUAUACAGAGUUUUAUUUUAUUUUGAUUUUUAUACAUUCUGUGUUGUUGCAGAAUUUAGGACUGAAAAACUGGUACUAUAUAACAGUUCGGUGUUUUGAUCUAAAACAUGCAACUCACAGAAGUUGUAAUUCUCCACCGUUUCCAUAACUCCAUGUGAUGUCACAAACAUAGAUGUCCAAAGAAUGCGAUUACCACCAAAAAGGCCUGUGUAUACAAACACUGGAGCAAAAUGGCUACAUGAAUCAGAAUGUGCAAAAUUAACUUAAUGUUUACACACUAUUCUUUGCAGGUUUACAGAUCAGGGAUUUCUAUGCUGUGUGUAUAUUUUGUCAUACAGUUGUAUACUCUGUACAGCAUGGUAUAUUUCGUUAUGGAGUUGUAUACUCUGUACAGCAUUGUAUAAAGUAUUAUUGAUUUGUAUACUCUGUACAGCAUUGUAUAAUCAUUUUAGGGCCCCCACCCACCGCUCAGAGGUGGGAGUUGGGGGGAGGACAAUAGGUCCCUCCCACUUAUUUUACUUUAGAGCCCCCACCUGCCGCUCUGGGGUGGGGGCCAAGGGGAGGACAACAGGCCCCCCCCACUUAUUUACUUUAGGGCCCCCACCUGGGGGGCAUAAUUUACUAAUACUAAGUAAUCUUUGCUUCGUAUUAGUAAAUUUGACUGAAAGACCAAUUUAGGUCUUUCAGCCUUUUGGUAGUUAGCUCCCUAAUACCGUGGGAAUUAGGGAGUUAUCUACUAAGCGGCUGCAAGAGAACAUCCAAAUUGCCGAAGUUCCAAAUUUUGGAAUGCCGAAACGAAUAUUUUCCCCAUGCACAUCCCUACUCUGUAUAGCAUUGUAUAAUGUAUUAUUGAGUUGCAUACUCUGUGCAGUAUUGUACAAUUUGUUAUUAUUUUAAUUACUGAUAAAUAAUCUUUCAUCUGAUAUUUUAACCCUUCACAGCGAUGGAGUAAGUCAAGCUCUAGGCUCCUGUGUGUUGAAUUUCAGGAAUACGAUUCGUCCAUUCAGAGCAAAAAUCUCAUACUUUAAGAGGACAUUACGAGUAAGUGACUCUGCUUUUUUUUUGUAUUCUUUCUUUUGAACAGACAUUAAGACAGUACAAUCAGGGGCGUAUUAGCCGCGAGGCAAACAAGGCAUUUGCCUUGGGCGGCAUUUUUCAGGGGGCGGCAAAAAAUGCCGCCCCCCAAAUGCCCAGGGCAAAUGUCUUGUUAGCCUCGCGGCUAACAGACAUUCUGGGCGCUGGGCGGCAGUGGCUGCAGCGCUGGGCGGGCGGCCGGCGAGGGAGCUCUUCCCCUGAGCGCUCUGCUCAGCUCCCUCGCGCGCCGCCAGCAGAGUGAGGCUGGGAGCCGGGUUGAUGACGUCAUAUUCCGGCUCCCAGCCUCACUCUGCUGGCGGCGCGCGAGGGAGCUGAGCAGAGCAGAGCUCUCAGGGGAAGAGCUCCCUCGGCGGCCGCCCGCCCACCCUGCAGCCACUGGACCCCAGGGAGAGGAAGAACCCCCCCCAGCAUUACCAAAGGUAAGGAGGCUGGGGGGGGUUAAAUAAAAAAACAAAAAAAAAACACUAGUGUGUGUGUGGAAGUCUGUUAGUGUGUAUGUUAGUGUGUGUAUGUAUGUUAGUGUGUGUGGUGUAUGUCUGUUAGUGUGUGUAUGUUAGUGUGUCUGUUAGUGUGUGUAUGUUAGUGUGUGUGUGUAUGUUAGUGUUUGUGUCUGUUAGUGUGUAUGUUAGUGUUAGUGUGUGUAUGUUAGUGUUAGUGUGUGUGUCUGUUAGUGUUAGUGUGUAUGUUAGUGUUAGUGUGGAUGUCUGUUAGUGUGUGUGUUUGCCUGUGAGUGUGUGUGUCUGUUAGUGACUGUGUGUUUCUGUUAGCUAGUGAAUGCGUAUCUGUCAGUGAAUGUGUGUGUGUGUAUUUAGAAGGCGGAGCAGGGGGGAAGGUUGGGUGGCGGUUGCGCGGGUGGGGGUGGCGCGGGGGGGUGCCUGAGUUUUGUCCUGCCUAGGGCAGCACAAAACCAGGAUACACCACUGAGUACAAUGUCAGCUGGUGUUCAUUAGUAUUCAUAGAGUUUUACAUAGCACUUCAGGUAAGACAUGCUAAUCUGAUAUAAUAAUCAAUCCUUGGACACUUUGAAAUGCUUGUCGUUAGCUGAAGGAAGAGGGGCAACUUUGGGCCGUCCUUGUUUCUCCUAAACGUCAGUUUUUGAAUUAGAGAAUAAAGAAAACAGGGGAUAUCGAUGAGGGAAGGGGAGGGAGGGGAAGAGAGGGAUAUUUCCAACUUGAGUCGGUAUGAUAUGUCUGAUAUAAUUUAUGCAUGGACUCUUUGAAUGUGGCCAGUGUCCUCUCCAGCCCGAGGACUAUAGUAAAACCCCUGUGUCCCACCCGGAUGGGACCCCCAUCUGACCCCAGCUAAGGCCAGAAUUAUCAAUGGUGUUUUUUUUGACAAUAGUUUAAUACAGAUCGAGUCUACACUGAAAGUGUGUACAAUGUCUUCUCCCCAGGUUGCUGUACACACCGGCCGGACCCCAGGAGAUGACACAUAUGAGCUGUGUGCUCAGGUUUCAAACAUGGUAAUUCCUUCUACUGGUUACUUUGGGCUCUCUGCAUCUACUGGAUUCCUGGCUGGUAAAUAUAAGACUUUAAGGCAUCUAUAUCUUCAUUUAUCCUUUUCUAGUCUUGAAUAGGGUAUAUUUUAUUGAACAUAGUAAAGAUGAAUGUGACCGCAGAUAAGAACCAUUUGACCCAUCUAGUCUGCCCAAUUUUCUAAAUCCUUAUCUUAUUUCUAGGAUAGCCUUAGGCCUAUUAUAACUUUUAGAAUAAAGCAAUCUCACUGGCUUCAAACAUUGUGAAUUCAGGAUGUAAAUAAUACUCAAUUCAUAUUUAAUCUACAUAAAAUGAAUGUUUGGCUUCCCUGAUGUUGGAGCAGUAUAUUUUUAUAGAAAGAUAAGCAAUCAAUGACCUGAAUAAACAGCUUAUGGUUCAAAUUUUGGCUAAUGAACACUGGUCGUGACUUGUCCAGUCAACUCUCAAAAACUAUCUUCAAGAGACAACUAAAGUUCAGGAGAUAAGUGCUUGUAGUGACACCUAGUGGUAAAAGAAAAUAUACCAGGCUGCACACAAAUGAUCGCUCACUCUUGUCCAUUCUGGGCAAUUGAUUUGCUUUCCAGUAAAACGACAGAGAGAUCUGGCUUGAAUCCAAAUGUAGAUGAGUUUUGUAAAUUAAAUAAACCUGUAAAAUGGAUGGAUGCAAGGCUAAUUCAUUUGAUUAGACAUCCACAUGAUUUAUAACUCAAUAAAGUGAGUGACUUGAGUCUGCCUAGAUAUUAUAUUAUAUCACGUUGAUAGACCAAGCAAGGACAUUAAAACAUGGUUGAGUUGGCCCAGGCUUGGGGUUAAUAACAUUAAAAUUCUUCUCUAGUAUUAUUUGGGUCUUAAUGCCACAGCAGCGCAUGUUGGGGUAAUAUGAUUCUAAGUUCUUCUUAAUAUUCUUAGUUCAUUUUUGGUUUCCAUCCAAUCAGAAUACAGGGAGGGCUGCAUACAUGUUAUCUGGAGGAUGACUCCGAACAAAUAUCAUAACCAAAAUGAAAUAUUUAAUAUGAAUACUGCAACAACUAUAAUAAAUAAUAAAAUAAUGCAAUGAUGCAAUACUUAAAAUACCUUCUAUAGAUUCAACAUGUGAUAAGCUAUUUGAUUACACAUUUGCACAAUUUAUAUCCCUAUGCCAUCAGUAAUAAAAAUACAACAAGUUGCGCCGCCUACGGUGACUGUGGGACAUUUCACGUCUAACAUGUAUAGAUGUCUGAGUAGGUAUUCACACUGCACAUGCAAUAUAUUAGCCUCCGAUGGAUCCAUCAAAAUUCCAUGAACAAUGAAAGAGACGUCACAGAGAGCUGUGUACAUCUACUCGGUUCCUUGUGACUCUACUGACACCAGGCUGUCAUACCCAUGGCUACUUGCAAAUGCCUUCAGGGGUACCAUACAUAUUCAUCAUAGCCUAGAAGCCUGAUCAACAUAGAUACUGUAGCUCUUAAAGAAUUAGGACGACAGGCCACCAGUCCAAGACCAAAGUGGUUACAAGUUAACCCAUGCUGUGCUGGACAGUCUGUUGGCCCUGCUUAUCUCCUCCAUGUCACUUGUCUCCCACAGUACUUUGUUAAUCAGCAAAAAAGUAGGCUGUGGGUCAUCUGUCCACCAUCCCUGAUGUACUAAUUGCAAUUGCGUCUCCACUCCGCCAAACCUUCUCUAGCUGGGUAUUAAAGCAUGGUCUGCGAACAGUAAACUAAUGGCAGUUUUCAGUUUGAAUAAUAAAUGUAAAAAAAGGCGAGUUCCGUACCUUUUUACAUAUAUAUAUAUAUAUAUAUAUAUAUCAUACUCAAGAUCCAGUGCAUUUAUUUAUCCACUAAACAGCAACUUCAAUGUUGACAGAUUUUAUUAGUUUAUUUUAAAACACAUAAUCUAGGCAAAAAUAAUGGGGUUUUAGUUACAUUAUAUGAUCAUACAUUGCAUAAGCCUGUUACAAUGCCAGUGUACCCCAUCUUUGGCAGGUUCUACUCUAACAUCGUUCCUGUAGGUUUUCUUGUAAUUGUCCUAUUUAUAGUUAAAUCCCCCCCUCUCAUAAUAUUGUAAAGUGCUAUGGAAUCUGUUGGCGCUAUAUAAAUGGCAAUAAUAAUAAUAAUAAUAAUAAUAAUAAUCUAAUGUCUGCUUUUGUGAGAUUAACCCACCUUCUUGGGGGGAAAAUUCCAUCUGGGGCUCUUAAAGGUUAAAUAGGGCACUGGAAUGAGGCACCUGUGACAGGGAGGGGUGCAAAACCAAGGAGUUGGCCUAGACUCCCAAAUAUAUAUAUAUGAAACCAGGAGGCUGCGCUCACCUGAACAUGCAUAAAUGGGGUGCUGCUGGGGGCCAAAACACAUAGUCUAGGGAAAAAUAAUGGGGUUUUAGUUACAUAAUAUGAUCAUACAUUGCAUAAGCCUGCCACAACGUCAAUGUACCCCAUCUUUGGCAGGUCCUACACUAACAGACUAAUGUCUGCUCUUAUGAGAUUAUCCCACUUACCUGGGGGAAAAAUUCCAUCUGGGGCUCUCUGCAGUACAAGGCCUGUGAGAGGGAGGGGUGCAAAUCCAAGGAGUUGGCUAGACUCCAAAAUAUAUACAUCCAAAUGUUAUUAAUUAAAUUAGACCACUUGGAUGAUAUUUAACAAGGCAAAACUUCUGUUACUCUGGGUGCAAAUGUCAAGUGAUGGUUUCCAUAAUGAUUGGUCCUUAUUUAGCAAUUUGCCUCAGAAUAGCACUUUUUUUUUUUUUUGCUUAGACCAAUCUCAAUCGUCUUUCCUCAUAUUCAAACGUUACUGUCCCUUGAAGCAAUUUAACAGAUAACUUUGCUUUAAGGAUAUUCAGAGUAGGAGAUGCAUUCAUACUGCUUUGAGUACAAUUUUAGUAGAAGCAUUUUGUAUUCUCUUAACUGAAUUCUAACGAUAGCUCAGAAUUUACAAAAAUCCUUGUUUCAGUAAAAUUAAUCUUCAAUCAAUCAAUACCAGACGCUCUCAGACUAUAAGUAGUCCUGAAGAUUGCUUUGAGAACCAAUUAAAUACUCUGUAGCGUGAUUGGAUAAGUAAUAUUAUGUCUGCAUGAAGCAGGGUUAAUCCCAUUCUGUUGUGUCUUUCACAGACGACCAUGACGUGUUUUCCUUUAUGAUAUACAGUCUGAGCAGGACCUGGGAGGAGGUGAUGUAGCGUGUCUUUGUGUGUGUCUGGUUUUGUAUGGUAUGGUUCAUACUAUUUAGGUGUCAGGGAUAGGCUACCUGUUUCCGUUUGUUUAAAUAGGUGUCGGUGUGUAUAAUAUGAGAAUAAACUUACUCCAUAUACAAGAAACGUUGCAUCUGAAUUACAUAAAUCCCCUAUCUAAACCUCAAGCUCACAUAGUAUUGUCAUGAAAAUGUUUAAAGUUGCAAACCAUCAGAAAACCUUACAUUGUUAGAUAUAAAUAAGCAAAUGAUUCGAGCCACCAUCAACACCCAUAACACCCACUGCUUAUGUUUUCUAAACCAAGUUUUUUUCUAUGCUAUAAAUAACACCAAUAAACAUCACAUUGUCAUGUUGAUUUGUUUGUUAAAAGGACCUGGUAGGGGAUUAUAAACGUGUGGCACAAAACAAUGUGUAACAAUACCUGAGACUCAAAUUCCCUCUGCUGCUGUAGGAUUAUAACAGUAUGUUCUGCUACAAGAGGGUUCUCAUUGCUGUACCCUCAUUUUAUUUUUGAGUGCAAAUGACUGACUGGAAUCCUGCUUGGUAAUAUAUAAUAAAGCACUAAGUGAAACAAUUCAUUUAUUGAAUAGUGACCCAGUGUGAUUCAAAGAGAUUACUGGAAAAAAUUGGUGACCUUAUCCUAAACUAAUAGAGCAGGCUUAUAGAACAAUUCAUUAUAUACAGAUAGUAUUAACAACCAAUGGCAAUUUCAUAUAUCUACACAAGGUGACAAUUCAUGAUAUAUACACUGCCAUAUACAACUAAUUACAGUCCUGAUAUCCCGUGUGGGAUAAGGUAUCAUAGAUGGAUCCACCACCUGCUGGAGUAAUAAUAGGCCUUGAAAAAUAGCACAAAUAAAAAGAUGACUGGAAAAAAGUGAGAAAAAUAGUGCCAAAUAUGAAAAAAAGAAAUAAAAUGAAAAAAGAAAAAGGCACAAAAAUAUUUAUAGCAGUCCAAUAUUAAUACACAGUGCACUGAAAAAUUUUAUGUACAUGGGUUGAGAUGCCUUCCGGGUGACAGUAGGGCCAGCCUCGGGGGGUCCUGGGGUGGUCGGCUUCUGGGCCCCCAGGGGAAGAGGCUGGCCCAGUGGGUACACACCGGGUCGCAGGGGCGGCCGGCCCCCUGGUGGGCCGGGCCCGGUCGCAGCCGCAACCCCUGCGACCCUGGUAUGUACGCCACUGCUCUCAGCCAAUGAGAGCGGCCCGGCAUGGUCCUUUUUAACACAGCUAAACUAACUAGGUUCUUCUGCUAGGAGAUCCAAAAGCAAGGGCCUACAGGAGCGAGGUAAGUUAGUCAUGUCCCCCUGUGCCCUGCAGGGGCCUUUGAAGGGACGUGGACGUCCCGAGCGCGCAAACCCGUCCUACCUGUCUUCACUAUUGAUCAGCCGAUGCCCGCCUUCACUGUCGACCAGCCGACUUUUGCCAGGAUCAUCUGCUGUCGAUUAGGCUCACCUACUUUAUAGGAGGACUUUACUGAAAUCUGAACAUUAGAUCCAAGAGGACUCUUCUGGACUACUCUAUUACCAACAAUAACCCUCUUCACUAUUACAGUCUAUCCCAGUGAAAACAUCCCAUACACAUAAAAUUCUUCAGUGCACUGUGUUUUUUUUUUUUGUGUUUUUUUUAUAAUUCUUUAUUUUUGUUGUGCACAGCUUACAUAAUAGGUUUGGCUUGCCACAAAAACAGUAGUAUGCGUUAGAAUACUAUAACAUUGCAAACAUUGCGGUAGUGGUUUUGCACAAUUUUUAUAUGUUUAAAUGUAGGAAGAGCAUAUGGUAAGAUAAACAGGUUAGUAGUUAGGUAGAGAACUGUGUGUCUUGCUAGGUGUUACGAGGGUAGGCUGCCACAGGAUAUCAGCAUGUCAAAGAUUGGUUGUCAGGCAGCGCUGUGAUACUAGGGAAGCCUGAUUAGUCGUCGUUACUGAACAGGGUCUGCCCAAGAGUUAAGAGCUAGUAAGCCUCUGGGUUGCUUAAAAUUACGUGAGCUUCAACAUAUAGGGUUAAACUAAGACAUCACUAAGCUGAAAUAAAAGUUUAACAAGGUAACAUUGCUUUCUAGGGUAUGAGAGAUCAAAUAUAAACCACAAGCUUGAUAGGAACUGUUAGGGUUCCUGUGAAGUUUGUCCCAGGUCAGUCCGUUUGCCAGGCAACAUAAGGGGCGCAGACGGAGGCAGUGUUAGCGGUCUUCAACCAAUACCCCGUGCAUGCCAUCGUGGACAGUUCAUCCCAUGUUCGGGUAUCUCGGUCCCUCUGUCCGGCGGACGUGAAGUCAGGCUGUGCUGCAAAUGCUGUAGGCCGGUUGGGACACCCUGGGUUCGUCGCGGGCCGCUUCUCCCUCUCUGGUGGCGGGUUGGUUUCCGCACACCACGGUCUUGGUGUCACUUAGGGGUCGUAUCCUGCUGUGGAGGGGGGUGGCUGGUGGCUCUGUUGUGCUGGCGCUGUCUGCAGCGGUGAGGCCACAAUCUGUAUGCAUGGUGCUUUGGGGUUUUGCAUCUGCUGGCCCCCGGCGCUGGUGGGCCCACCGUCAUGGGUUGUGGUGGCCACGAGGUGAUAAUACUUGGUGAGGGCUUUUCUUUCAUCCUGGUCCCAUUCUCACAAGUCUCUCCUCUGAGUUGAGGUGAUGUGGGCUGCGGGUGUAUCUCCACAGGGUCCCAGAGCCUCUCAAUUAAUUUCUCCAGCGUCCACCAGGCUUGUUCCGUGGGGCUGAGCUGGAGCGCUACAGACUGCGUGUGUCUGGGUUCACUCUGACAGAAGACAGCCGCCAUCUUGUGUUGUGCGGUAGUGGGUUGGCAAGGGCCAUUGCAGCUGUGGGGAUCGUUAUCGCCACUGAUUGCAAGCUUGUGUGGACCGAGAUAACCCCCACCAGUCCAAAGGGGGGGAGGGGGUAAGCACGAAGCUUAAUACGUUGCCUGGUCUUUUGAUUCCCGUCUAGGAGGUCGGCCGUUCCUCCCGCCCGGUUCUCGCUAGGCCGCAGUUUUCCAGCAUCUGGUUUUCAGUCUCUGUGGGCCACUCGAUCGCACUGGCAACAGUCCGAUGUGCUUUCAGUUUUCUUGGGUCCCUUUUAGUGUCGAUUAGGCGUCGGUGAGCCUGUGGUUUCGCCGUUUAAGUUAGUUUUAGGAGAGGAGCUCACCGAACAUGCGACCGCUCAGUAUGGCGUCCAGGCCCGCCCCAGUGCACUGUGUUUUAAUAUUGGACUGCUAUAAAUAUUUUUGUGCCUUUUUCUUUUUUCAUUUUUUCCUUUUUUUCAUAUAUUUGGCACUAUUUUUCUCCCUUUUUUCCAGUCAUUUUUUUUAUUUGUGCUAUUUUUCAAGGCCUAUUAUUACUCCAGCAGGUGGUGGAUCCAUCUAUGAUACCUUAUCCCACACGGGAUAUCAGGACUGUAAUUAGUUGUAUACGGCAGUGCAUAUAUCAUGAAUUGUCACCUUGUGUAGAUAUAUGAAAUUGCCAUUGGUUGUUAAUACUAUCUGUAUAUAUAAUGAAUUUUUCUAUAAGCCUGCUAUAUUAGUUUAGGAUAAGGUCACCAAUUUUUUUCCAGUAAUCUCUUUGAAUCACACUGGGUCACUAUUUAAUAAAUUAAUUGUUUCACUUACUGAUUUAUUAAUCUCUUUUACUAAUACAUAGAGUGCGGUAUUGUUGUUGUUUAUAUUGUUUUCUAUAGAUUUUGAGGUUGUAUUGGGGUUAACCUUGAAUACCUGAGUGCCAGCACACCGUGUUUUUUAUGUAAUAUAUAAUGCCCAUUGCUAAGCAGUAUGUGCAUUUAACACUAUGUUAUGUAUCUGUUUCCUGUAAGUCUCCCUCAGCACAGAUUCCUGAUGCUGAAAAAGAUAAGUUUCUCCAGGAAUUUGAAGAGUUUCAGAAAGAGCUUGAAAAGAACAUGCGAGACUUUGAGAAGACUCACCCUAAACAAGGUUGGUUUCCAUACCUAACCUGUUGUCACUUCCUACUAAAAUUCCCGAGACACCCAUGUGUGUUGCUUAAAAUAUACAAUAGGGUAUGGGGUGUAUUAUUAUGUGCCUGGAAUGACUUUAUGGCCUUCUUGGAACCUGUCUUUUGACUCAGGGGUUUUAACCAUAAUGUGUCCUUUAGAAACUAAUAGCAAGUACAUGUUUAAGGGUUAAUUACUGAUUUUUGUUCAAAAUGUUGUUCAAAGUCUGAUGAAGCAAACUUUUUGCUCACUAAGAAACAAGGAAUAUGAAUCAAAAGGACUGGAAGACCACCAGUCUUUUUAACCCAGGGCCCUUUACUACCUGUGCACUCUGGAGAACUUCUGAUCCGGUUGAAAUUAUAUGAGUACUGUUUACAAUAUAUAAAAGGACUUAUUAAAUAACAACAUGCAAAAGGAGUUUAGGAGUUCUAUGAAUAUUAGGUGGAAUUUAUUAAUAAUAACGUUUAGUGGUACAUGACUGGAGACAUCAUUUAGUACUGGUACAUGGGCCUUGAUUUAAUUUGUUUGAAACAGCAUCAGGAAUUAUUCCAUAUAUAUACAUUUAUAUCUGUUAUAAAAAAAAAUUCAAAUGAUCUAUUUACAAAAAGUCUCGUAGACUUCUGUAGAUAAUAAUUUGAAAAGUUUUUCACUAGCAGAUCGGAAUCAUUUCUGAUGCUGAUUCAAACAAAUUAAAUUGAUGCCUUGGUUAGAAAAGGUUUGUAAAGUUAUGGCACAACCCAUAAAUAGAAUUUGUGGAGGAUAUGAAUAAGAGACUACUAAACAAUUACUCUUUUCCCACUUGUAAUUCCCACUAUCCUCCAAUAACGCUGACAACUAUAUGCUUUUUUCAUCUGUCUUUCUAGGUGAGGACCUGUUUGAGUCUGACAGUCAACGGGAGUUGGAUAUGAUCUUAGCUGGGCAGGCUCGAGUGCUAGAGGAGAUAUCUGUACUGAACAAGAGAUUAAACAUGACUCUGGAAGAGCAAAUAAGACAGAGGGAUAUCCUAAGUCGAUCUGCAGCUAAUGAAACCACAACUGUGAAAAAAGAUCACGUUAGUAUACACUUUGUAUAGUGCUGGUGACAGAUCUGUCCAGGUUUGUCUAGGUUGUCUAGGAAAAGUAUAACUUAUCUGUGUCUGCAUUCUAAACAAUAAGGUGUAGUUCGCUUUAUUAGAAUCUUCUGCCUUGGUUACUGCAACCUUCUUCUGAUCCCCAAUCCUCCCACGAAAUGAUCAGCAUUCUGCUUGUAGCUGCACUUCGGUGAUGAGUUCAUCAAAGGCUGAAGCAGUUGUCUGGGGUUGCUGUAUCUCUUGUACCGAAGGAUCUUUUCUAGCAUUUUGGUCCUGGAGUGCCCCUGUAGGUGGAAUCUGUCUGACAUACAAAUAGUAUAAGUUCACUGUGUAAUCGUGUAAUAAUGUGUUUCUUACCUCAGUGGGCCAUAUCAAUAGUGCAAGAUACUGUGUAUCCAUCCAUUCCAAGUGUUCUGUUUUGGUUAAUUUUAAUACUUUAACAUAAGACGCCCCUUCAUUUUUGUGACCUGCUCUACUGACCUGAUCAGACCAUAAAUCUAGAAUUCUCUCCAAAAAAGUUCUUAAGAACGUAAAAUAUUUAAUCUCUAGGUAGAGAAAGUUCUGUUUUAUAAAAAAAAACCUGACCCUGCUUUCUUGUACUGUUUUACGCUUUCAUAGCCUUCAUCAGGGUAACUGAAAGUCCUUUUACUAAGAUCUAAGCAUAAUGAAGUUGUGGACCUCGGCCCACUGUGCUAAAGAGCAUCUCAACCAUCUACUGUAUUCUCUUUAAGAUCGGCCGAAAUCUUCACCUAGUGCUUCUGGACCUCUCUUGCAGUUGCAGAGGACCUUUGCUUGAGUUUUCAUCUCUGGAAUACCUUUUCCAUUGGGAGCAAUCUUGAUAUCCUAAUGAAAAUGUAUCCCUUUUUAUUUAUUUUUUUGACAUUCUUUAUUUAAUCGUGCAAGUAAGUAUAUACAGAUACACUAGAGGCGCCACGACAGUGUAUACUGGCAAGCAAAUAACUAAGAGCAAGUUAUACAGGCGUCUCAUAAAUGUCCAUUGCACAUUGUUAUACGAAAUCCGAACAAGUUAGGCUAGCAUGUCGAAGUGUCAAGGCAAAGCAUGGCAGUAAAUGAUAUGGUAGACAUAUGAAUAUCGGGAACUCCACUAACAACUACAGUUAGUACUGCAUUUAGGUUAACCCUAUUCCAGGGCUAAGAAGGUUGAAAAUGUCUCCUUUUAAUGGUUGAUACUAAAACGUCUCCUUAUAAUGGUUGAGUGAGCUAAAACACAUUUAGAUAAUCCUUUAUGUGUAUCAUCCCAUAAUACAACCUUUCAUGCUUUGUUCCCCCGCGGCUUUAUGCCUUGUGUACUUACAUUGUUUUACUUUAUUCAACAAUUCCAAUAAUUCUGAACAGAAAACCAUAAAUAAAGAGUGCUAUAUUGCUGUCAGAACGGUGUGUUUAUGUAUCGGGAAGCACUUAGAGGAUGCAGGUGCCUAGAUAUGGCUUACAUGAGAUACACCCCCUUCACUCCAUCACUUCAUUCAUUACUUAGUGUACUGUGGUCCUAAACCGCUUAGGAUUUAAAGGAUUAAAGGCUUAAUGAGGUUUUUGUUUCCUGUUACUAUUUUCCAGUAUAGGAUAAAGUAUUUUAUAAAAUGCAAUCUUUUUUUUUUUUUCUGCAAUGAUUUUAAGAUAAAUACUGCUUACGUCAAUCUCGAACCAUUUUUAGGAUUUUAUUAAAACAUAAAUAAAAUAGACCUGUCACUUUUAUAAAAAGUUUUUUUUGUUUGUUUACAGCCCAGUACAUAAGAUACCUAGACUCCUCAAAUGAAAGGAUUGAAGUUCAAAGUGAGAGUGACAAGUGUUUACUAAACAAUAAAUUGUAGAGAAAAGAAAUUUGGAAAAAUUUAGUCUAAAAUAACAGAGCCAUGGCUAUCGCUGAACUGGAGGGUGUUUAAAACCUAGAGUUUGUAAUUUGUUUUCAACUCACUACAAUUUGGUAUUUAGCGAAUAAACCCCUAAGAUUCAGUAUAAGAAAUGUUGCUGGUGCGCCGAGUGAAAUUAGCAUAGAACGUGUUCAAAAACAAAUUAAAACAAAAAGAAAUGAUACAAAAUAUGAAAUUAACACAUAAAAUAAAUGUAACCAGAGUUUCAUGUUAAAAUAAAAAAAUAGAAGCUGUGAAGUUUCUCAUCACAAUCUGUUCUGUCAUUGUGAUUCCCACAGUACAUAAUAGUAUAUUUAAUAAUGCUUCAUUAAUGGAGCAAAUGCAUUAACAAAUGGCAGAGCUCUUAGCCAAAGAAGGACAUUCUUUCCUGUUUGGAUUUAUUUCAAAUAGAAGUCAGUAGAUUUUUAGAACAAUGCUUUAUUUUUGCAUCUAAAUCUGCGUGACAGCUCAGAUGGUUAAUACACCACCCACAGAAGUUGUAUAGGCAUAAUAAAAUGAAUUCCAUUGAGUUGGGUAAUAAUUCCUGUACCCCAGAACAUACCUUCAAAGGAGAAAUAUUGUGUAGGACUCCUUCCUGUUAAAACUUUGAUUAUUAUUGGUUAUUAUAUAAACAUUGGAUGGGGGGCACAACAUUUUAUAAAGAGUAUCACUAUGUUCUCAAUAAAAUCGAUUAAAAGCAUUAUUUAUAAUAUAAAUCCACAGAGAGUUGCAGGUGGGUAGUCCUAACCUUCAUUCCUCAAACCAAUCUGCAUCUAGUUUGCUACCAUUGUAGGACCACCAGAGCGUGAAUCUCUAUCUAAUGAUACACCUCUGCAGGGCAACUUCAUAACACAUAACGCAACGCAACAUCAUAACACAACUUCAUAAUGCAACUUCAUAACGCAUGACGCAACUUCAUAAUGCAUGACUAUAGAAAAUGGUAAAUAGCUGAUGCCAUUUGGUGUCUUUUAUUACUAAUUUCAUAGAGAAACAUAUUACUCCAUAACUCCUACAGCUUAUUGUAAAUGAUGGGCUGGGAGUCUGUGGGUACCACAGUAUAGUGGUUAUGGUACUUGGACAGCUUUAUAUAAUGUCAAUAUACUUAAUCACAAUGGUUUCCUAUGAACUUUUUUACUCAAAAGAUGCAGAAAUAACAAUAUCAAAUGAUAACCAAAUGACACUGAUCCUACUAUUCUUCAGGCCCACGGUGUCCUGGAAACCGUAAUGAAUGGAAUCCCGGAUCUUCUAGCCAUGACACGGGAUCUGAAGUAAGUAGGAAUAACUCUGGAAUGUUGACGUUGUUUUAUGGAUUCUGUGCUCUGUGGGAUAACUUUUUUUAAUGACAGCUCUUUCGCUGCAGACCAUUACUAGUGGAGGAAAUCUAGGAGAAAUGCGACUAAAGUAUAUUAAAGCUGCCUAAGUAGACACUAAGUAGGGCUGCCGGUUGACAAAAGUAAUAUUGACAGACGGACUGUCAAGGGGAUACGGCUAGUACGAACGUAUCAGAUAUGGUCAAUGGAGAGAUGGAAGGUGACAUUUUUGUGGGAUUAUUAAAAAAACUUGGAAUAAUGGAGAUCUGAUAAGGAAAUGGUAAAUUUUAGGCCAAGAUGAACAACAGAAAGCUAAAACAAAAGAAAGUGGCUGACCGAGUUUGUGGUGGGGCACGUAGGGCACGUAGGGCAUGUAGGGCUUCUAUACGAGAGAAAGGGACAUAACUAAACUAAAAAUAAAUGGAAGAUGCACAUUUUUUUUUCUAUUUUAAAAAUUAUGGACUAACUUUCCCAGUUUCAGUGUCAGUUCACCACAAAUAAAUCUUUCACGAAGAGACCCUGGAGCUUUUUGAGGGCUAAAAGAGAAAAUAAAAAGAAUUUAAAUAAAAUUUUUGUACAUUGUAAACAUGUAUCUAUGACUUUCUGUUUCUGACAAAUAAAAUGCUGCAUUUUUCUGCAUGGUCUGUACUAAUCUUCAUAUCCGUGCAGCAAUAAGAGCUCUGUUUUCCACAGUGACCGUCAGAUAUUCCACUCUUUAAUUAUCUUGUCAUGAAUCACAAAGUCUUCCUUUUUUAUUUUGAUGAUCUGGGCAUGUUUUAACCCAAAGGCCCAGUUCCGUUUCGUUGUGAGCUGGAAUGACUUGGGCAUCUCUGUCUUUCUUCCUCAUUAGCAAUGCUUCUCUCCAGAGCUCGGGGGGAGGAAAGCAUCCAAGUCACAUCUGACCUUCAUAACGACCUUGAAGGAAAAUACCCUAUUUAAAGCAUUUUUAAUGUAUAAGUACCACUGAAUUCCCUGAUUAUCCUUUAACUGUAAUACGAUUCUGCUACCCAGUAUGUACUGUAUUCAAUUUAUCUUCCCUAAUAUCAUACAAAGCCUGUCUAAAGUCAUUAGAUGUGAACAGUGCAUAAACAUCAGUUAGUUUUUAAAUUCAUAAAAUCACAAAAUCGGUGAAUGUUACAGUAAAAAAUAGUCUCUAAAUUGUGCCAGCAGAAUUUUUUUCAAAUAGGAGUCAGUAGAGAAAUCUGCUAGAUGUAUCACCCUUACUCAGUUUUGGCCUCAUUGUUCUGUUCUUGUCACUCAGUUCUGGCCUGUUUGUGUUUGCCGUGAGAUUAAAGGUACAUGCCAAUCCAAGUUUGGGGUGAAUAGUGCCCCAUCUUUCGCAUUCAAAAGAAGUGCAGAUUUAAAGAGAAAUCAUCUCUUUUACAAAGUUCUGGUUUCAUUCUCCUGGCUGUCAAUAAGACAGGGUGCUCUUCCUCAUUGGUUUGUGCUCCAGCACAGAGCCGGUGAUUGCUGCACGUGCACCGUGCCUUGGAUUGGCCGGCAGAACACCAAUAUUAUUGAUUUCCUGGAGGCAGAGUGGAACUGCAGGAAGAGACUGUCUUGAAACAGAGGUAAGUUAACUUUUUUUUUUUUUUCACGUAAGGGUUGGGAACGGAGCCCAGCAGGCACACCAACACUCCAGUGUUAUAAAUAAAUGUAUAUAUUUGUAACCAAUCAAAGGUUGCCUCUGUUUACAGAGGAGUGUGUAUAACAAAAGUGCACAAAAGAGUCAAAAAGUGAUUUACAGGCAGCUCAAUACACUAGUGUGGAAAUAUCCUCUAUUCCACUGAAUAAAUUUAGUAGAUAUUGGUGCGGUGUAAGUGACAAGGACCUACACCUAUAAGUGGAGCGCUCAAACACAGAUAAAUCUUACCAAAACGUAGUCUCAUUCAAUGGUAAAAUAUGGGGUACAUGUCAAAAUAAAAUACAGAAAAUACAAUAUAGUGUAGAUGGUACUAAAAAAUGGCUUCACAGUGAUUAUAAUAAUAUCGUGUUGAAUAUUACACUCACAUUUCAAGGAGCCUGUAUAUAGAAAACACUGGCUCCGUAUAAAGGCUUGUGUGCUGUUAUGGUAGCACCACCCUCCUACUUCGGCUUGAAGAAUUUCUCGAGAACACGAAAAAAGAGAAGAAAGCAAACCAAUGUGUAGACUUAUGGUGAUAAAUGACACAGAUAUGUGUUCAAUAAAUGGGGUGCUCACCUGGUCCUGAGCCUAUGAAUCCCGGCUCUAGGUAUGUGGAUUUUGUGCCAAUUUGAAUGGGGAUGGCACUACCCCUGUGAGGAUUCCUUGGAGGCUCCAAAAAGAACUUGGAUGAGGUAUUAAAUGAAAAUGGUAAAUUUAUUAGUUUAAAAUAAACAUAAAAACAAAGAUGAUAAAAGUCCUCAAAUAAAAGUCCUUUAAAAAUGGCCAAUACGCGUUUCACUCUCAAAUAGAGCUUCUUCAGUCAGCUACCAUAACAGCACACAAGCCUUUAUACGGAGCCAGUGUUUUCUAUAUACAGGCUCCUUGAAAUGUGAGUGUAAUAUUCAACACGAUAUUAUUAUAAUCACUGUGAAGCCAUUUUUUAGUACCAUCUACACUAUAUUGUAUUUUCUGUAUGUUAUUUUGACAUGUACCCCAUAUUUUACCAUUGAAUGAGACUACGUUUUGGUAAGAUUUAUCUGUGUUUGAGCGCUCCACUUAUAGGUGUAGAUCCUUGUCACUUACACCGCACCUAUAUAUUUGUAACGUUUGUGUUUUCUCUGACAACGCAGCGUUUACAUUGAAAAGACAUGAAACUGGGGUUGUUCUGGUGAGUAUAGUGUCCAUUUAAUGUUGUGGCUGGUCAGUGUAUGUUAAGACUGAGUGUAUGUUUUCAUGUAUAUUCAUUGAGAUUAAAUAUAUCUUAUGUCUAUUCAUUGCUUGAGAAUGGCUCAUUUUGAGGCAAAACAUUGCUUUUUUGGGGAGUUACAAUCAAAACCCUUUGACAAGUCUAAAAAAAAGUACCAGUCAGCAGAUUUGUAUAUUAUUGUAAUGUAGAGGUAAAUCUCUCUGCAGAUGUCACAACCAGCGCUACAAUUGUACUAUAUUAGAAAAGUGAACCAAUUUUUAUUUUGGAACUUUUGGUAAAUAAUUUAUAAGCUAUAUCGAGGAACACUUAAAUAGUGUAUUUAUGGAAUCACACAUUACAACACGUGUGAAGUUAUCUGUAAUGUCGUAAUCAAAAAAGUGUUAAUUAAAUGUAAGUAUAAAUAUUCCAGUCAAAUGCCAAAAUCUAGUAGAAGAUAUUUCAUAUAUUUAUACUAACACAUAAGUUGCCAGUUUUCCAAACUACAUGCUAUCAGUGCUCUUGUACAGCCACAAUUGCCCUGUAAUAAUUUCUUGUGCUGUGCUUUUAAUAGUGGAAUAACUGAUGAGUAGUGAUGUCCCGAACGGUUCGCCGAACGGUUCGCCGAACGGUUCGCCACAGACUCAUCAUUGAGUAAACUUUGACCCUGUACCUCACAGUCAGCAGACACAUUCCAGCCAAUCAGCAGCAGACUCUCUCUCCCAGACCCUCCUACCUCCUGGACAGCAUCCAUUUUACAUUCAUUGUGAAGCUGCAUUCUUAGUGAGCUGUCCAGGAGGUGGGAGGGUCUGCUGCUGAUUGGCUGGAAUGUGUCUGCUGACUGUGAGGUACUUGGUCAAAGUUUACUCAAUGAUGAGUCCGUGGCGAACCGUUCGGCGAACCGUUCGGGACAUCACUAAUGAUGAGGCGUGAGUCUCAAAUCACGAAUGUUAAAAUUCAUCAAGGGGCGGGGCCUGACCGCUGAGCUGGAUGGACGUGGGGCACCUCAGCUCCACGAUGCAACAUCAAUAAUCAGCCCAAAAAUUACUAAAAUAGCCUUGUCUCCCCUGGAAAAACAUCCAGCAGCUGCAAGAAGGCACAGGGGACCCGAACAAUACUCGGCGCAGCAGUCGGCCCCCGUCCUACCGGCGAGGCUUGCUGGGCAGAUGGGAUUGCGGCCUGUCGCGGGGCUCUGGCGGGAGAAACGGCCGAUCUCCUGUACUUAGUCCGGCGUGACCUCCCGCACGCCUGCCGAUCCCCCCCGUGGGCCGGGGGGUUUAUCCCGGACCCCACCGGGGAAACAGAGAGCAUCUAAAACAUCCAAGCCGUGAAGGGAUUAAACAGAGACCGCAUGGCAAAAAUCAAGAUGGCUGCCGUGCCCAUUACAAGAACAGAAGAACAGAAGCGGCAGCAUUAGAGCAACGACUGAGCACUGUCCACAAACCGAAGCAGACCAGACCACCAAGCACUGACAGCGGUCCGCAAACACCGGCACACUCUCUCCGCCCAUCAGCCAACUUUAAAGAGUGCACCUCCAUCAUGUGGGCUCGGCUCAUCUUUACACUGCCUGAGGCAACAUCUUUCACCGCUACCGGCAGAGCUGUGGGGACUUAAAUGGGACUCCAACCCUGCUCAAACAUAGAGGAGAAAAGGGCACAAGAACAGGCUUCAUUUUAUACCAGAGGCUGAUGCCAGCAGACACGAGAGAUCUAUCGCACUCCUGGCCAACAAGUACCCAAGCUACCAAGCGAUCAAAGUGAAACAUAAGGGGCUUUUUGUACAGCCAGGACACCAACCGAACCAGCACAGCUGCAGGAACAACUAAGCGGUUACUAAUCCUAUAUAAUUAAAGUUCUAGCAGAGCACUAGAUAUCCCCUAUGCUAGCAUUUCAUUUUUAAUAUUAUUAUUUUUGAGCAUAUCACAGUUGAUCUUAACCCUGCAGAUCCACACAGAAAUCCCCUGUAGAUGACUGAGCCCACCUGUAUGUUUUAAUAUGUUUUAAUCUGUAUAACUCAUCCGGCUAGUCUAGUGACUCGCUGACCCCUGGUGGUUAAAUUCAAUCGGAGUAAAGCAAUGGGUACCUGAAGUUAUUUUUGCAUAGCCUAUAAUCUAAGCAUGUAUAUGUAUACUAUGGUUUCAAAAUACUUACCCUUGAUGUCAGUUCAAAUGCCAGUUGUCUAUGAUUUAUGUUACCAGCUUACUGACAUAAUCAACGUCAAGCAUGAAUAAUAUACAAAAAUUGUGCCGUCUAAAUCUAUGUCUAUUAACCUAGAAUCGCAGGUAUCUGCUGUUGUGGCAAUGCCGGUGUGUAUGUAUUCUCUAUGCACACCAAAAUAAAGAAUUUAAAAAAAAAAAAAUUCAUCAAGGACACAUUUUCCAGGAUCUAUUUCUUUAGAGACAACUCUGCAUUUGAAUUUAAUAGGAUGAGUACCAUUGAAUUGAGAACCAGUAAAAGGUAUUAUUAAAGGAUCACUAUAGUGUCAGGAAAACAAACUUGUUUUCCUGACACUAGUUCAUCCUUAGGAUUCCCCCACCCUCAGGGUCCCCCUCCCUUGGUGCUGAAGGGGUUAAAACCCUUUCAGUUACUUACCUGAAUCCAGCUCCAGGCUUCCUCGAUGCUGGUGGAAUGGAAUGCGCAUUCCUAGUGGAGUGGAAUGCGCAUGCUUUCUCAAUGCUUUCCUAUGGACGUUCUGCACGCUGGAUGCGAUUUUCGCAUUGUGUUGCAGAAGCGCCUCUAGCGGCUGUCAGGAAGACAGCCACUAGAGGUUGGAUUAACCCUGCUAUGUAAACAUAGCAGUUUUUUCUGAAACUGCUAUGUUUACAUCUGAAGGGUUAAAACCUGCUAGACCUGGCUCCCAGACCACUUAAUUGAGCUGAAGUGGUCUGGGUGACUAUAGUGUCCCUUUAAUAUGAUUUAAUUUGACAACAUAUGGUAAACACUUUGAGUUCCUUUGAUGAGAACAGUGGUUUAUUAAAAAGUAAUUGUAAAUUGUAUUAUGGUUGUAGUGCUUGCUUUAGUUGUUAAACUAAUUAAGGUUUCAAAUGUGUGGGGAGCUUAGCAGAGAGAAACACAUAUCUGUUGAAUCCACAGAAGUGACAUUUUAAAGAUGGCAGCCAAGGCCAAACAUCCGACUUCGUCAUCAGGAAAAGAUAGUGGCUCCCUCAGUGCAAGUAACGUUAGUGAUUUCCAGCAGGACUUCCUGAAAAUUAAGAGAAAUCUGCAGAGUUUGGUCAAAAAUUCGGUGAGUAGGUUUGGCCGUAUCAAGAAUAAGUGGCAUAAUCUAAAACAGUAUAUGUGAUGAAACUGUGAAUGUUGUAUCAAUAAAUUUAUGCGUCUGAAAAAAAUUAUGAAUGACUUUUGGUUUUAUCAGCAGAAAUGCCAAAUGAGUACAACCUAGAGAAAAAAUUAAUUUUGGCUAAAAUCCUUUGAAACCUGUUGGCAAUAUAAUUUCCGUGAGUCAGAUAAUUAUUUGAGCAAGUCAUUUGCUUUCGUCAAAACUGUGUCAAAAGUGUCAAUUAAAAAAAUAUAUUAUUUAUUUAUACUAAAAGUGUCAAAUUUAAUUCGUUGAUCGUGAAGGACUUUUUUUUUUUUUUUAAUUGUUUGUUUAUACUCAACCCAUCGGCAAGAGUGAGCAGUGCUGGAACAAACAAAUCUGCGUACAGUUAACAACAGCGACACGAUGCAUAGGUAGACAACUGCAUUCAACAAUAGUGGACUGGGCAAUAGGCUGAGGGUUUUUUUAUAUUUUUGUAACCUGUUUGCAAACUAGGUGGUCACUUCGAUUUUUAGCCCAACUAAGGGUAGGAUGAAGCCUAUCUCUGUUGCGCUUUCCCCUUACCACUAUUUUCUCACAUAAAUGACCUUGCUAAUGCCCAUGUACUGGAAAGAACCUUCAAAGGUUCUCAAAACUCUUACUGCAACUCCCAUGAUUCUCUAUUUCCAUGGCUAUCUAUUUCAUUCAAAGAAUCAUGGGAGUUGUAGUUCAGCAACAUCUGUAGGGACAGAGUUUGCAGAACCCUGAGUAGAUAUAUACUAUAUAUACAGAGGUAAAAUGAGGGACCCUUGAGGGCUUGGGCUUGGAGACUAUGGUGAGGCCUAACAGAAAGCAGUUGUUGUUGGGGGAUUCCAUCAUAAGAGGUGUGGAGAUGGACAAUGGUGGUCUUGUGAGAUGUCUUCCCGGAGCUACUGCUCACAGAGACAGGAGACAUAUUUGUAAUAUUGUUAAGCGAGCAAAGCUGGAAGGGGAGUUGGAUGUACUUGUCCAUCUAGGGACAAAUGACUUGGCUUGCAAUGAGAUUUCAGAGGUUAAGGAAGUUUUUAGUGUUUUUGCCAAUGAUAUACGGCAGGUUGCUUUCACACUGUCAUUCUCUGAAGUUCUGCCUGUGCAUAACACUCAGAACGACAGGCGGAUGCGUAUUAGGGACUUUAAUUUGUGGCUUGGUGAAUGGUGUCGGGAGCAAGGAUUUGGCUUUAUUUCUCAUGGUAGCUCUGUUUGCAAUGGAGAUAAGCUGUACAAAAAAAGAUGGUUUGCAUCUUUCUCAAAAGGGAACAAAUGUUCUCAGUGAGCAGUUCAGAGGUUUUGCUAUGAUGUAUUUAAACUAGAAGGAGGGGGGGGCAAAAGGGUGAUAGAACAUCAAUCCAAUUGUCCCCCAAAACAAGGGCAGAAGGUGCCUGUAGAAAGUGUGUUAAAAAAUGAUAAGCUUAGAGUCAUGUCUACAAAUGCUCGCAGUUUAGGGAAUAAGAUCCAUGAACUUGUGGCAAUAAUGGCAACUGAUAAUGUAGAUUUAGUCGCUGUUACUGAGACAUGGUAUAAUGAGAAAAAUGACUGGGACAUAGCAAUACCAGGGUACUCUUUAUCCCCUUAAGGACACAUGACAUGUAUGACAUGUCAUAAUUCCCUUUUAUUCCAGAAGUUUGGUCCUUAAGGGGUUAAAUAGAAAAGACAGGGAAGGCAAGAAAGGGGGAGGGGUGGAUCUGUAUGUGAAGGAUAGCAUAAAAUCUAGCCUAAUAAAAGUUAGUGAGGCGAACAUAGAGUCCGUUUGGGUUACGUUAGAAUUUGGUAAUCACACAGUAAAUCAUGUAGGUGUGAUUUAUAGGCCCCCAGGACAAAUUGAAGAGUUAGAUAAUCUACUAGUUGAGGAAAUAGCUAAAAUGACAAUGAAGGGGGAAGUUAUCAUCAUGGGUGACUUUAAUCUUCAUGAUGUGAAUUGGAAAACAAAAAUAGCUGCCUGUGCCAGGAGCACACAUAUUCUAAACGCCCUACUGAGAUUGUCUCUAAAACAAGUCGCUGAGGAGCCAACUCGUAAAGAGGCCAUACUAGAUUUAGUGUUAACAAAUGGAGAUUUGGUAUCAGAUAUUACUGUAGGUGAAAGUUUAGGAUCCAGUGAUCAUCAGUCAGUGUGGUUUAAUAUAAGAACAGUGACUGAGUCACAUCACACAGAAACAAAAGUUUUAGACUUUAGAAAAACAGACUUUAAUAAAAUUAGAAUAUGUGUAGAGGAGUCAUUAUCAGACUGGAGCAAUUUAAAUGGAGUCCAAGAGAAAUGGGAUUAUUUAAAAGUUGCACUACUGAAGGCAACAGAAAAUUGCAUUAGGCUUGUCUGUAAAAGUAAAACAAUUCAAGAAACCACUGUGGUACUCCGCAGAUGUGGCCAAAAUAGUUAAAAACAAACAGUUAGCAUUUAGUAAUUAUAAAAAAAUCCAGAGUGAGGAAGACAAAAUGAUCUUUAAGAUUAGGCAGAAAGAGGCUAAGCAAGUUAUAAGAGCUUCCAAAUCACACACAGAAUAGAAAAUAGCACAGUCAGUAAAAAAGGGGGACAAAACUUUUUUUAGAUACAUAAAUGAGAAAAGAAAAGUAAAACAAUGAUUAGUUAGAUUAAAAACAAAAGAAGUAAGGUAUGUAGAAGAGGAUAAAGGUCUAGCUGACUGCCUCAAUUAAUAUUUUUGUUCGGUAUUUACAGAUGAAAAUGAAGGAAAGGGACCUCAGUUAAGAAAAAAGAUAAAUGAGUCAUUUAUUACACGUGAGUUUACAGAGGAAGAGGUUCUAUUUCAACUGUCAAAAGUAAAGACAAAUAAGUCAAUGGGACCUGAUGGAAUACACCCAAAGCUAUUAAAAGAGCUUAGUGGUGUACUAGCAAAACCAUUAACAGAUUUAUUUAACCAAUCAUUGUUAACAGGAGUAGUCCCAGAAGAUUGGAAGUUAGCGAAUGUUGUGCCCAUUCACAAGAAAAGUAAUAGGGAGGAGUCGGGCAACUAUAGGCCAGUAAGCCUUACUUUAGUAGUGGGGAAAGUGAUGGAAACCAUGUUAAAGGAUAGGAUUGUUGAACAUCUAAAAAACACAUGGAUUUCAAGAUCAGAGACAACAUGGGUUUACUUCAGGGAGAUCAUGCCAAACUAAUCUAAUUGAUUUUUUUGAUUGGGUAACUAAAAUUAUAGAUCAGGGUGGUGCAGUAGACAUUGCUUACCUAGAUUUCAGUAAGGCUUUUGACACUGUUGCACAUAGAAGGCUUAUCAAUAAACUGCAAUCUUUAAGUUUGGAUUCCAAUAUUGUUGAAUGGGUAAGGCAGUGGCUGAGUGACAGGCAACAGAGGGUUGUAGUCAAUGGAAUAUAUUCGAAGCUUGGACUUGUCACCAGUGGGGUACCUCAGGGAUCUGUACUUGGACCCAUUCUCUUUAAUAUUUUUAUUAGUGAUAUUGCAGAAGGUCUUGAUGGUAAGGUAUGUCUUUUUGCUGAUGAUACUAAGAUAUGUAACAGGGUUGAUGUUCCAGGAGGGAUAAGCCAAAUGGCAAAUGAUUUAGGUAAACUAGAAAAAUGGUCAGAAUUGUGGCAACUGACAUUUAAUGUGGAUAAGUGCAAGAUAAUGCAUCUUGGACGUAAAAACCCAAGGGCAGAGUACAGAAUAUUUGAUAGAGUCCUAAUCUCAACAUCUGAGGAAAGGGAUUUAGGGGUGAUUAUUUCUGAUGACUUAAAGGUAGGCAGACAAUGUAAUAGAGCAGCAGGAAAUACUAGCAGAAUGCUUGGUUGUAUAGGGAGAGGUAUUAGCAGUAGAAAGAGGCAUUUGUACAGAACACUGGUGAGACCUCACUUGGAGUAUUGUACACAGUACUGGAGACCGUAUCUUCAGAAGGAUAUUGAUACCUUGGAGAGAGUUCAGAUAAGGGCUACUAAACUGGUUCAUGGAUUGUAGGAUAAAACUUACCAGGAAAGGUUAAAGGAUCUUAACAUGUAUAGCUUGGAGGAAAGACGAGACAGGGGGGAUAUGAUAGAAACAUUUAAAUAUAUAAAGGGAAUCAACACAGUAAAGGAGGAGACUAAAUUUAAAAGAAGAAAAACUACCACAACAAGAGGACAUAGUCUUAAAUUAGAGGGACAAAGGUUUAAAAAUAAUAUCAGGAAGUAUUACUUUACUGAGAGGGUAGUGGAUGCAUGGAAUAGCCUUCCAGCUGAAGUGGUAGAGGUUAACACAGUGAAGGAGUUUAAGCAUGCGUGGGAUAGGCAUAAGGCUAUCCUAACCAUAAGAUAAGGUCAGGGAUUAAUGAAAGUAUUUAGAAAAUUGGGCAGACUAGAUGGGCCGAAUGGUUCUUAUCUGCCGUCACAUUCAAUGUUUCUAUGUUUCUAUCUUAAUUACUACUAUAAAAUAGUGACUGACAAUUAGGUUGGAGUUAUAGAAGCAGAAUAGAAAAAUGGUCAGUGCUUAUCCUACAAGAACCAAAUCUGCUUCUUUUUGACAUGCUAAGAAUUAUGUUACCAUAUAUAGGAAUUAACAUUUCCACCAGUUCUCAGAGUUCCUUUAGUUUAGAAUUCUUAUUAUGUAAACAAUCACAUGUUCAUAUAAAAAAGUAGGUGAACAUCAAGGUCAUGCAACAUCCAGAGGACUGAGAUGAUGACAUCAUGGAGGUGAACAUACAUACCAUGAUAUACCAAAUCAAUAUGUGUGGCUGGGGAACUCAAGGUCAGGUGCGGGGGAACACAAGACAUAAACCCUACUAUAAAUUUGCAGGUAUAUGUAAUUAUCUUCAUUGUUUAUUUGAAAGAUAUUUCUUUUAUUAAGAUAACUGUUUUUUUUUUAAUAUUUUUUUUGAGAAUGCCAAGCAAGGACAUAUAUUUAUACUACACAUAGUAUAGCGUAAGAUAAGGCAGUCAUAGACAGUGGGACCAAGCAUUGGAUAGUUUAAAAAAAAACUUAGACCAUCUCUUAUUUUACAUGGUUACAUAGGCUGAACAAAGACUUGUGUCUAAGUUCAGCCUUUUCUCACAUCCGUUUUUUUUUUUUUUUGCUGUUGAUCCAAAAGAGGCAAAAAAAUCCCAGUUUAAAGCGCUUUCCAAUAUUGCAACAAACUAAGAAAAAUUCAUUCUUCACCCCAGAAUAGCAGUCAAGUUGUUACCCCACAUAUUAAAAACUACAUCCCUAAAUUUUAUGUUUUUGCACGUAUUCAUCCAGUUGCAGUUUACACAGCUGUCAGACUCUAAAAAAAAAUGUCUCUUCACGCAGAGAAUUCCACAACCUUGUUGUUCUUUCCUUUUUUUCCUUUUGUCUUGGACUAAAUCUCCUUUCUUCCAGUCUAAACACAUGACCUUGUGUCCUGUGUAUAGUCCUAUUUAUGAAUAGAUCUUAACCAUUUUAGAUAUUGUUUUUUUUCUGUCUGGUAGCUCAGUUGGAUGAUAAUAACAGGCAUGUUGCCAAUCCAGUGACAAAAGAUCAAUAAUUAGUUUGUAACUUUGAGAAAGAUCGUUCUAAAUCCUACUGUGUCAGUUUGGUAAUGUUUGUCAAAGUCUGUUUUAUUCAACCCUCUAUGAAGUGCUGUGGAAUGCGUUGGGGCUAUAUAAAUGAUAUCAAUAAUAAUCAUGUAAUCUGUUCUUGCAGGCCAGCACACACAAAUCCCCCUGUCCUACAGACAUCGUACAAUCAUCUUGUUUGUCUAGUGGUGUUUUCCUGACAUUUCUGCUUCUGCAGACAGUGUGCAGUAUGAUAUACAUGUUAUUCAGGUGAGUGAUUUCUCAUUGGAACUGGUAAAUAAAAAACAUUCCUUAGAAGACAGGUUACUCCGUUCUUUUACUGUGAUGAUUCAGUUAUCUUAUGGCUCUAUCCCUAUGACUAAGCAGGCUGUCGGUGGAUGUUAGUUAAAGGAACAAUCUGGUCACCAUAACAAGUUUAUCUAAAUGAUGUUGUUAUGGUGUCAGGAGACCUUUGACCGCUCUUUGACUAGAGCUGUCAGCCGACGCUCUAAGCCAAUCAUUGAUAAAAAAAAAAAAGGUGCUCCUGCCCGGCGUCACUCUGCGCUUCCUGUAACUCAGAUUCAGAAGCCGGAUAUCGCAUGGGGAACCUGGAGCUGGAAGUAACCUUUCGGGUUCUUACCCUUAAGCUAAGAGUGCACCUGGUUGCUUCCUGGCACCAUAACAACUUUAUUUAGAUGAAGUUGUUAUAGUGUUCGGAGUGUCCCUUUACUGUGGGAGGAGGAAUGUUUGAACACUUGGUAUAGUGCAUGUUUGUUUGCCCUCUACCACAUAGAAUAUGCACUUCUCUAAUGGCUUAGCUGUCUCCAUUAUACCUGGACAUACCAAAGAUAGACAACUUUACAAAAAAAAAAAAUAAAAAUUCUGUAGCAACUCACAAUGAAUGUAGAUGUUCUAAAAUGUUUAACCCUCUAAAGACCACAAUGUGGUCCCUAUAAGCCCUUCACUAGUAUAUAUCCUGCAUUUGUUUAAUGAGAGCUAAAUUCCAUUUUCCUUUAUGAUCUUUGUCACUCCCUUUUCUGACCUUUCCUAAGACAGGUGAUAAUGUGAUUCUGUGUACCUGUUUCUUUUAUGAGACCCAAGCCCUCAUACAGUGGAAGUCAUGGGAUUGAAAUCAGACUCCGAAGGGAUAUUGCUUUGACACAGUGCCUCCGCCUAUAGGGACAAUUAUUAGGGUGUCGGAUCCUAUAAGAUUCUAGUGCUGAAAAUGCAAUUAACCACAAAUAUUAAUCUUCAAAUAUAAUGUUGAAUUGCUCAUUAGAAUUGUGUGUAACCAAAUAACAUACAGCAUUACAUAAAAAUUAAUAUAUUAUCAUAUAUUGUUCAUGGUCCCCUUCUAUUUUCUCUUAUGCUGCCUCUCUUGGUAAACUUAUUGCCUCCUUUUGGAUUCCACUACCACCUGUACACUGAUGACACCCAGAUAUAUCUCUCCUCCCCGGACCUCUCCCCUGCUGUCCUGCAACGUGUCACUGCUUGCCUUUCUUCCAUCUCUGACUGGAUGUCCUCCCGCUUUCUGAACUUCUUGUCUUUCCUCCUACUAAUAUUGAUCCUGCUCUCUCACUCUCCCUUCAACUUGGAGGUACUCACAUCAGUCUAUCCUUACAAGCGAGCUGUCUUGGUGUUAUAUUUUAUUCUGGCCUCACCUUUGAGCCUUACAUCCAGUCUGUUGCCAAAUCCUGUUGAUUCCAUCUUAAAAACAUAGCCCGCACCCGCCCCUUUCUUGCAAAAGAUGCUACUAAAGAGCUUGUUCGUGCUCUAGUAAGCUCUCACAUGGACUAUUGUAACCCUCUCCUGAUUGGUCUUUCCAGAAGCUGCAUUGCCCCACUACAGUCUAUAAUGAAUGCUGCCGCCAGAUUGAUUUUCCUCUCUAGUCGGUCCUCUCACACCCCUUUGUCAGUCCUUACAUUGGCUUCCUGUAUCCUAUAGGAGUCAAUUCAAAGUGCUAACCCAUACCUAUAAAGCACUGAACAAUAGCCCCUCUUAUAUCUCUUUACAGAUCCAUAGGUAUGCCCCUUCUCGGUCUCUCCGCUCUGCCCGUGACCUUCUCCUGUCUGCUGCUCGCACCCAUACAGCCAACUCACGCUUGCAGGACUUUUCGCGGGUGGCUCCUUUCCUUCCCAGCAGCCUGCCUACCCCCAUCAGACAAUACUUUAAAAAGUGCCUCAAAACCCAUCUCUUUAGGAAAGAUUAUGGCCUCCCAGAGUAACCUCUUCCUUACAUACCUGUCUCUUGCUCUCUCUUCUUAAGGGCAGCACUCUCCUCUCUCCUCCAACUCGGCUUCAUUCCCACCUUAUUUGAUUGCUAUCUCCUGUCCUGUUGUGUUUUACACCCCACCUCCUAUAGUCUGUAAGCUCAUUUAAACAAGGUCCUCUUUAACCUAUUGUUCCUGUAACAUUUUGUAAUUGCCUAAUUUAUUGUUAAUUCUCCCCCUCCUAUAAUAUUUUAAAGCGCUAUGGAAUUUGUUGGCGCUAUAUAAAUGCCAAUAAUAAUAAACAAUAAUAUAGUUCUUAAGGGGACAAUAUAGUCACCAAAAUAACAUUAGCUUAAUGAAGCAGGUUUUGUGUAUAGAUCAUGCCUCUGAAGUUUCACUGCCACAUGAUAUCCGCAGUGAAAAUGUUUUUGUGUUAAAAACUACCACCCCCAAAAAUAUGAACAUUAGCUUUGGGUAGGGUUUGUAAGUGGCUACUAAAAAUAGACAGGACAUACCCCAUGCUGAAUACCCAGGGUUGUCCCCUUUUGCUAAUAUUUUGCAAUGAUGGGGGUAGGAAAAUUUCCUAAUUUCUCACACUUUUUUUUAUUUUAUCCAUUUUAAAUUGUAUUCCUUAUAACUUAUCCAAUAUAACUAUUUGAUGAGAAAUGAAAGCCCCGUUUCUCCAGAACAUAAUGAUAUAUAAUAAAUUUUGAUGCACUUAAUAUGAAAGAGGUAAAUUAUAUUUGAACAGACAUAUAGCGCAAAUAUUAGGGGUUCAAACAGAUGGAAUCCAUUUUGGGGGGCUGUAAGGCUAUAGUAACAUUUUCAAGACAAUAAGCAAAAUAAAUAAACAAAUCUAAACCUUACUGCUAGUUUUACACCAGCUAAUUCUCUCUGGACACCAAAUAUUAUUAUUCUAUUAAAUGCUUUCUAAUGGUAAAUGACGGAGCCAGCUAAGGUCUGUAUGUGAUAAAUAAACCUGUCAGCGUGGGUGGUGUGUUUGCUGUGCGAUGCUGCCUCUUUGGCACUCAAAGCCGUACAUACAUCUGCCAUGUUUCACUGCUAUGAUGGUAGCUCAAAGGAGAGUGGAAUAAACAAGAUGAAUGCUGGAAAGAAAACAUACCUUAAAUGUGCACCAUAUAACCCAAAAAAGAAAGUAAAAAUAGAAAUAACUUUUGGUUACAUGGCCAAGAAUUUGGGUAACCCUGGCCAGCCAUGGGGCUUGAAGGUGUGGGAGGUCAUGAUUAACAAGGCUAUUUACUAAUGUUUACAAAAUAAACCAAAUUGUUAUAGCUAUACCGCCAGUGUAUAAAGUGGAGCGCUUAAAGAAACACUUACGUUACAGGAAAACUAGACAAAAAGGAAGUCGAUAUAGUGUAGUAUAUUAAGCUGGCUCUAGGUGUAUACACUAGUGUGCCUCUAGAGGAAGGUACAACUCUUCUUGUAGAGCAGAUGGAAGAUGGAGUUCACCAGAUGCCAUUUGGCAAAUUUAAAAUUUAUUAAAAUAUACUAAAAUUAAAGCAAUUCAAAUUGAGAUAUGAUACACAAAAGUACGCAGGUGCUGCUUCCUUCCGAGACACGUUUUGCCACUCUCGGUAGCUUUUCUCAAUCGAUGUAACCUGCUUCUGAGUCCAAGUUCUUUUGAACCGAGAUGUUGCAAUCCCAUUGGUUAAUGCGCUCGUAAUUCAGCCAUUCACAAGCGCUAUCUGUGAGCGGAGUUCCUUCCUUGGCUAUUUCCAAUCAGCCAAAUUCAGUUGAAUUUGAAAUUCAUUUUGAAUUCACUUUCAAUUCAAUUACCCUGUAACUUGUGACAAGGGGACUGUGUAUUCCCUGGUCCCCUAUUGGAUGACUCAAGUCAAAGGGCUUGGAGACCUUCUGGCCCUAUUCCUAUUAGGGGAUUGGGCAACUAAUUAAAAAGGCUCCCAGCAAUGAAGCAUCAUCCAUUUUAACCCAAUGCUGUUUCACCAUCACUCUAAUAGAGAGAGCCUGAUAUUUAAAACACCAUGUAUUCACUACAACAAUUUAAAUGUAUUCCUCUUCAAUUAUGUGCUAUAUAAAUUUAUAGACCGAUACUAGGUAGGUAGAUAUGCUAAAUGAUAUAUGACAGCAAUGCAAAAAGAGCGACUACUAAAAACAAUUGGUGCGCAAAGCAAUAUUCGAUGCAUAAAACUUUUGCAACUUCAAGAUAUCUUCCAUUGAUAGACAAACUUUUAAAAACACAAGAAUAUGUAGUGAUAAUUAAUAUAUUAAGAAUGGAACUUGACACAUUUAUUAAAGCGGCCAUAAUAAAACCAAAAGUAGUAAGAACGUAUUGGAAGCAGAGUUUGUAUGCGGUGAUAAGUUCUAUAUAGAGAGUCAUUUACUACAGUGUAGCCCUCUCACAGUCUUCCUGGUUCUCUGUGUCUCUACCCAGCAGUCCUUUGUGAUUCCAGUAUAGGUAACAGCACCCACAAUAUGUUGGCUCCACCCACAUUGUAUUUUUCUUCAUAUGUAGCCAGUGUAAAGCAACGUUUUGAAGCAGAAGAAGCUUAUAUCAAAAUUAUUCAACCCCAAUGAAGAUCAGGUUUAUUGUCAAAUUUUAGACUUGCAUCUGUUUGCAAUGAACAAAUCAAGCAAAAGCAAUUGAAAUAGCUCAACACAACGAACGCUUCAAGUGGUUUUCCCCAAUUCAACUGAAAAUGAAAUAAUUUAACCCCCUGAAUAGAAUCCCUCACAACAGCACAAAUAUGCAAAACAUGUGUUGUCUCAAGUAUACCUGAUGCAACUAAUCGAGGGCCUCAUUAGUUGCAGCAGGUGUGCUUGAGCUGGAACACUUGAAAUACCUGAAUUUGCUAGGGGUUUGUUGAGUGUCACAUUUGACUGCAUGUUGGAAGUAUGGCUAAAUCAACAGAAUGGUCCCCAAAGUUGAGAAGAGAUCAUUGCCCUUCACAAACAAGGAGCAGGAUACAAAAAGAUAGCAAAGGCACUGAAUGUUCCUAGAGACACCGUUGGAAGUAUAGAUUGCAAGUUCAAAGUUGAAGGAACAAUGGUUACACUAUCUGGACGGGGCAGUAAAGAAAGCUAUCAAUGGCUGAAACCAAAUUUCUCAGAAGGCAGGUUGUGAAAAAUCCUUGAGUGACUGCAAAAGACCUGCAGCAAGACUUGGUGGCAACAGGCACUGAGGUUUCAGUGAGCACAGUAAGGCGUGCAUUAAAUACAGAAAGUACACCACUACUGACCCAAAAGCUCCAAUCUGCUCCAAAUCAUAUAAACAAGCCACAGAUGUUUUGGGAAUCUGUUCUGUGGAGCGAUGAAACAAAACUGAAACUUUUCAGGGAAAUGGAUCAGCGGUGUGUCUGGAGGGAGAAGAGUGAAGCCUACACUGGAAAGAACACUCUGCCUACAGGUAAGCAUGGUGGUGGCCUGGUGAUGCUUUGGGAUUGCUUUGCAUCCUCUGACACUGGAAACCUGCAGCAUGUGAAAGGCAAGAUGGAUUCACUGACGUAUCAGGAAAUCCUAAGAGAAAACAUCAUGCCGUCUGUAAGAAUCCUUCUACAACCAUACAUCUUUUCCUCCAGGAAUGUUGCUAAGUUCCAGAAACAUCUGGGGCUUGUGAAGAAAAACUUCAUGGCCCUUAAACUAAUAGAGAGUUGGUGAUAUAUGUGUUUGUCCAUUACCUCUACCCGUAAUAUGUGUGUUGGUGACUAUCUCCGGGACCUCAACGAGUGCAUAGCCAGGUAGUGAACGCCAUUCUACCACACUAAGCAAAAUUCUGUUCCCGAGCACUCCUUCCAGACCAUCACAAGUGGGGCAUCACCCACUUCCCCUAAGUAGCCCGGCAGAGCGUUAUACUACUGAUCUUUCUUAUUAUAACCGGCUGUUGCUUUGAAAGCAGCUUAAAGAUGUAAAUUUAAAAAAACAAACAAACAAAAAAAAACAUUAGUAUCUUCUUUCUUCUCCAGGCCAGCAGUCCCUCUCCUAGCAAAACCUGUGUUUUCCUCAUAUACCGAACAUCCAAUUUGCUUUGGCAAUCCAGGGAAACUGCAAAUUCGUAAUGUUUUCUAAGAGACGCAGAGCUAUGAGCCUAUCAUAUACAGUGAUACCGAGCAUUGUUUCAACAUUCUAACAUUAUCACACAUCUCUUUUUGGUUUACUGAACAAACUGUACCAAGUGAAAAGGAAGAGGCUGCUCAGCGGAGACACCUGCCAGAGCUCAUUUUAAUAUAUUCUGGUCACAGAUGGUGUUAUAUUUAAGGGUUCAAUCUGUAGAGAGAAAAUCACCCCUCCCUCUCUUCCCAUCCAAUCUGCAAAAAAGUCUCAGCUCUGCAUCCUUUGCUUCGACAAAGACCAAAAAGCCAAGGAUUAGAAGGAAUUUGGAAGAAAGGCAUUUUUCUCCACCUAACUCCUCAUUUUAUUGAGGUUAAUGCUACAGAAUAAUUGUACUGGAUAUUCAAAUAAUAUUUUAUAGGAACAGUAUAAGCACUAUGGUCGCAAUAACACAUUGUAUCAGCUAUAAUUCAAGGAAGAUGUCCCUGAAAACGUACCUUUCGUGUCCCCAGCAUCAUAUUCGGCAUCUGAUUCCUCCUUCACUCACAAUGACAUGAUGAUGAGAAUUGUGGCUCGCCCAUUAGAGUUGGAGUUACAGAAUUAGGGUUAUAGGUUUAUCUAUCUCCUACUUGGGCCUUCCCUGUUCUAACCCUGACAUUCUCUCUAACUCAACUCCUAACAUUAAUUAAAAGCCUAAUUCUUUACCUUCCGGCCCUAAAGGGGGAGCUAGAAUCCUCAUCAUGUUAGUGGGGAUGAGGGUGGAAUCAGGUGCAAGAUAUGAAGCUGGGAACACAAAAGGUAAGUUUCGGACACAGCUUCCUGGAAUUAUAACCGAUACAAUAUGCUGUUGCGACCAUGGGUGCAAGGAGGUUUGAUAAGGCAAGGAAAACAUAACGGUACAUCAGAGGGUGAGAGAUGUUGGAGAGAAGCAAAUAAGAGGUGAGUGAAACUGUUUGACAAACUUUUUUUUAAAUGCCCCUAGGUAAGUACCAUGGACAAGGGGGUCUUCUUUCGACAAAUAUAUACUUUUGCGUAGUGGUUUUAGAUUUGAUGACCAUUGUAAUGCUUAAAGUGAACCUGUAGUAAAAAAAAAAAUCUUACCUGAAAUGCUCCCAUUUACAAUGAAUAUACCAUAUUUAAUGUAAAAUAUUAUUUUAUUCACCUUUACAUUCCAGCCCACUUUGUUAGUGUUACUCUUCGUGUAACAACCACCCCCAGGCUGUCCUGAUCGUCUGCUCUCUUCUUUGAUUUGCCCUGCUUAGGCAUCACACAGGACAAACCUGCAAGUGAUGCAUGUACGCCAGAUGAUCUCCCCUUAGGAAGAAUCUGAAAAUCUGUUAGAUAGCCACUGAGGGCAGACUUACUGCUGCAAUGUGAACAUUGCAGUUUUUCUGGAACUGCAAAGUUUUACAUUGCAGCACCAGGGGGGGGGCAAUGGGGCAAUUGCCCUCUCCCCCCCGAGAAAACCAAGGGUCUCCCUCUCCCCUGCCAGCUCAUGCAGGCGCCAGCCCUGCAAUGUGCCUUCAUGGACCGGAGGGGAGAUCAGAGAUCUCCCUCCCUGGUCCGCAGGCACUGUGCUGGCAGCUGGCGGGGGGAGGGAGAGAGGACCCGGGAGCUGAAGCUGCUCCUGGUCCUACUCUCGCGAGCAUGGAGCGUUGCUGCGGUUACCGCGGCAACACUACAAAUCUCGUGAGAGUGAACUCUAGCCCUGGAGCUACGGGCUAGAGUUCACUCUCACCAUUGGGCCACCAGGGAAUCCCCACCGGACCACCAGGGAUCGAAAUAAUGUAUAUUUAUUUUAAUUAAAUUUAAAAAAAAACAACACACAUAUUAUAAAAAAGGCCCCCUACCCUUCUUAUCUCACACACACAUACACUGCCCCCCAUACACAUACACUGCCCCCCAUACACACACACUGCCCCCAUACACAUACACUGCCCCCAUACACACAUGCCCCCCCAUACACACACAUUGCCCACACUCACACAUACACUGCAAUCCUCACACAAACACACUGCAACUGUUACACACACAUACUGUCCCACACAUACACUGCAUCCCUGACAUACACUGCCGCCCUCACUCACACACUACAACCUUCACACGCUGCUCACACACUGUCCCCCUCACACACACAAACACACACACACACUGCACCCCUUACACAUUGCACCACUCACACACACCACUGCUCCUAUGCCCUACUACAGCCCCAUUUCCCAGCAGACCUCAGGUAAAUUGUCAAACUGUUCUUAAACUGUUUGAGUACUUACUCUGGGAGGGGGUCCCGGCAUUAUUGACACCAUUACCACUACACUGAGCUGUAGUGGUUAUUGUGUCUGGAUAAUUUUUUUAAAUAAUCUACAGGUGCCCCUUCCGAGAUCAGGCUCUGGAUCCGCCACUGUGCAGCACUAAGUGCAAAAGGGUCACUGCACCCAGACCACUUCAAUGAGCCGAUUUUAUCAAGGUAAAUUUAAAUAAGGCUCUUUUAUGACAUAUCUCGAUUGCACUGUGGGAUCAGGAUGUCAUGUUUUUCUGCUGUAUUAACCCAAAAUGUCUUUGCCAUUAUGUCUCCAUUUUUUAAGUCCAUUCGGUUUUAAGAGGUUAGAUCUUGUGGUUGUGAGAUGUGUUGGGAAUACAUUAAUCCACAAGAAAUUCAAAAAUCCAGAAAAAUUAAUCUCCAGAAGCAUUAUACUCACCUACCUGCUCUAAGUAGGUAUUCUUUAUUUAAUUAAAAAGACUAUUCUAUAAAGUAAAAAUUAUGUUUUUCCUCUUUAGUUAAUGUUGUCCUGAACACCUGCACAACUUAUGGAGUUAGAAAACCAAAAUCCUUUUUUUUUUUAACCUUUCUCUACAUGCCCUCUAUCCACUAUCUCUCUCAGACUGCCUGCUUUUCUGUAAUGUGAUCCUCAAGGUGUGGAAAAAUUCUGCAGAGGGUGUGUUGGUGAGACCAUCUUAAUUUAGCAGGUGUUAAGAAUCCGAGGUGUGAUAAAAAAAAAGGUGAAAUAAUUUGGAUGUGAAAAAUUGUCACAUUGUUGCAUUGCGUGGGAUGAGAUAUGAAGACAUCAUGCUUUGUACAAUGGCAGAAAGAGAGAUGCAUGCUUUAUUAUGCUCUAAUAUAUACAAAGGUAAAUAGAAAUCUACAUUUAGUAUCUUAGACCAGGUCGCUUUCUUAAUUCUCAACAUUAUAGGAGUUUGAUUCUCUUACAAUAAUAAUAGUAUUUAUAUGUUAAACAGGAGAACAAAUACAGUUUUAUUUGACAUUUCCUUAUUUAGGUGUGCAAGGUCAUUGCCUAUUUAAUAAUUAGGCCAUGUUCAUUAAAGGGACACUAUAGUCACCAGAACAACUACAGCUUAAUGUAGUUGUUCUGGUGAGUAUAAUCAUUGCCUUCAGGCAUUUUCAUGCAAACACUGCCUUUUCAGAGAAAACAUUUCCUCUAGGGACACCUCCAAGUGGUCACUCCUCAGAUGGCUAUGGGAGGUGCUUCCUGGCUCAGUGUUGCACAGUAAGCAGCCCUGCCGUUCAGCGUCCCCACGCUCUGCAUUUUCCUCAUAGAGAUGCUUUGAUUCAAUGCAUCUCUAUGAGGAGGUGCUGAUUGGCCAAAACGGCAUUUGGCCUGCCCCCUUGCCGAUUUCAGCCAAUGCGAUGCUUUCCCCAUGGGGAAAAGCAUUGGAUUGGCUAAAAAUCAGCAAUUCUGAUGAUGUCACCAAGGGGGCAAAGCUAGCACCGUCACACCCGUGCAGCGCUUGAAAUAAGGUGAGUUUUAAUUGCUUUAAAGGGGGCUAAGGAGGGCAAGCCACCUAAAUGGUGGGUUUAGCACUAUAGCGUGUUCCUGACCCUAUUGUGUUCCUUUAAGGCAAAUGUGGAGCAAUUCUGGUGCAAAGUGCUAGAUAUGGAUUAAGCAUCUAAUCUAAUCUACUCCACGGCAAUAACAAGGCAAUUUUAUUCUACAAUUUACUUGUAUCUAUGGUUACUAAUGAUUUCUGAAAAUUAUUUUGCUCAAAAAAACUGUCAAAUUUAAAUAUUGAUUUCUCUAUUUCUUCAUUAGCAAGACUAAUUCAACCACUAAAAAGUUCUACUGAAAAUGAGAAGGUUAUAUAUCGGAAUUCCGUCAUCCAUGGAAGCAAGAUACCAAAACCACAACUGAAACAGAUUGUCUGCCACGAAUAGGUGAAGGGAUUCUUCACCAUAAUUCAAUAGUUAUGUUUGAUAUAGAAACUAAAUAACUAUGUUUAUAUAUACAUUUUAAAUUACUUUAGUAAAAUAUUAACCUUAUUUGUGUGUCAUUAAUGCUCAUUUAAUUAAAUGCUACAUUAUCCUGUUUUCCAUGUGCAUUGUCUACAAAUCAACUUACUGAUCCCUAUAACAUCUCCUAUUACUCCAUAUAACCUCUUACUAUAACUCCUCUUAUCACACCAUAUAACCUCUCCCUAUAACUCCUCCUAUU